ACUCACAGCGCAGAUCAGCCCCCCGUGUAGCAGCAGCAGCAGCAGCAGCAGCAGAAGUGGAAGCAUGGCUCUGUCCAACAAGUGGUGGAUUUUGUGCGCCGUCUCUCUCUCCUAUCUCGCCACUUUUGGAUCUUGCAGAAGACACUGGGAAGGUAAGACGGUUGAAGAAGUUUUAUAUGUUCAGAUUCAUAAAUAAAGGAAGUUGAAGCGCAGUACAGGCUGAGGCGCUGCGUAAGGGAAAGUUUUCGUCACGGAACUCGUGCGUAAAAUUAAGCGAAACUGAAGUGGGAACACUUUCACUCUUUUCUGCCUCAUGUUUACUGAUAUUUGGGUUAAACAUGUAACGUGUCACCUCGAUUUACGCAUUCACGUCGCCGUAACGUCCUCAUAUUUUAUGUCUUUGAUUUUUACGCAUCAUUUAAUCUCUGAAUUUGGACAUUUUGCGCGCGACGCCGCAGAAUACUUUUAGUUCAUGUAUAGAUCUUUGUCCAAACGCCACAGUUGUUUGUUUUGUUGUGUUUAAGCCUCUCUGAGUCUUUCUUAGGGAGGAAAGUGUUGUGGCGUGAGGCAGGGCCAAAGUCCACUCCAACUGCAGUUCUCACGCGGGCCAAGACCCACACCUGAACCUGCUGGCACCUCCUCCUGAUCUGUCGUGUCGCAACAACACUCUUGCAGUGGGUAAUGAGGCUGUUGGGAUUGGAUGUCAGAUAGUCGGUAAGCUGAGGAAAGUCUGAGAAAAAGGCACGUUCAACUUUCCUGCUGUGGGAGAACACACAGAGCAGUGUUCAGAGGAAAGUCCAGAAAGGUCGCUCCAAGUGUUGCAGGUCAGAUAUUGGCUGAAGGCAGCAGAGAGGUUUGGUGAUGAACUGCAGCAUUUAGUGUCAGCGUCAGCCCGCUCUUAUCUGUAGGGGACAUACAGCCAGCUCUAUGCAUCAUUUCCCCUCCUGGGUGGAAAAUGUACAGUCUGUGAGCACAGUUUGUACAAAAGCACCAAGGCUGGAAACUUUCUUAUUAUGCUUGGGUGGUAUCUAUUUUCUCAUACCUUCCUGACAAUUCAGCUGCUGCACUGAUAUACGACUGUGUUUGUUGAAAAAAUCUCCUACGUCAAGCCUACAAUGCUGUGUCUCAAUGCAAUAACUGCACCGCCAUAAAUCCUCGUGUUUAAAUACUUUUGGCCCAACAGACAGAAAUAAGAGCCUUUAUUCGUGAGACCCUUGGAGGACAAGAGGAGUCUUGUUAAAGCAGAUAUGAGCCUCUUAAAUACAGGCUGUUAAAACCAGGUAUGCUCUGUGAGUUUGUCGGCCUCGCUGAGAAGUUUAGAGAGAACACGGUUGUGUCUGUUGUCCCGCUGCCCGACACGUGGUUAUCCUCGGACAUGUGGUUGAUUUAGGCAAAUACGAUGACUACUGAGUUACUGAUUGGUGGAAACAACACACAACAGGAUGGAUUUUUGUUGAACCCUUGCAUCAUUUUGUCCUGAUGCUGCAGGGUGAGUUUACAGCCUGAUUAUUAAAAUAUCAAAAUAGCCGAAAGAGGAAAACGAACUGCCUUUAAGUGAAUCUUAAAGCUCCUGUGAGGAGUUUCUGAUCAGUUGGAAUUAACUUUGACGCAUCUCUAUGAUGCACCGAAACAAAUGAGACCGUCAAGGACACGACUGUCAACUUCUAUGUUGUAAUUUAAAUGACUGUUUUGGGGAGAUUGUCACAACCUUUGUCCAGAAAAUCAACAGGAGCUUUAAGUGAACGUGCUCUAGACCUGCUCUUUUUCUUAGGGAAAGGAUGACGGCUGUUGUGAAUUGGAGCCAGAUAAAUAAACUUUGAUUGAUGAUUGAUUGAUUAAGUAAGUAAGUAAAUUUACAAAAAGGAUCAAAUCCAAUAGGAAACAGAGAAACACAAUACAUAUCAUGGCACUGAUACAAGCACUUCACAGAGGCCCCACAACGUCAACAUCAGCUAAAAGCCCGUCUAAAAAGAUUUUUAAAGUUUUAAGUCCUUUCGUAAAACUUGCGAGGGGCACUAGCCUGGAAAGAGCGGUCACCUCGUGUUUUAAAACGGGUGCGAGGGACCAUUAAGUGUUUGUGGUCUGAUGACCUUAGUGAACGUGAGGGGGAAUAGGGUCUCAGCAGCUCAGUGAUGUACGAGGGAGCUCGAUCAUGGAGGGCUCGAGAAGCAAGAACUAAAAUCUUAAAAUUAACCAGUGGAGGGAAUAUAAAAUUGGGAUGAUAUGGUCCCUUUUCUCCGGUCCAGUUACAAGCCUCGCAGCUGCAUUUUGUACAGUUUGAAGGCGAUUUACAGCGUUUUUGUUAAAACACAUAAAAAGAGCAUUACAGUAGUCAAUGCGAGAUGAAACAAAGGCAUGAAUUAUCAUCUCCAUUUCAGGUCUAGAAAUCAUGGACCUCAGUUUUGCUAUGUUCAGCAGAUGAUAUCAAGCGACAGCCUCUACAACCAGCAGGAAGUUGUUGUUGAGGCAUCAUGAGCUGAUCUUGACGUGACCUACUACAGCUGGUAGGUCAGUCAUGUUGUUGUGAAAUUACUCAGAUUAUGACUAAGAGUGUUUGGUGGACUACAGAGUGAAAAAAAGUUUGCAAAUGUGCUGAUUUUGUGCACUGAGGUAACAUCUUUGAUGCACACUUUCCUCUCCAGGGUCUGUCAGAACUCUGUAUGUGAGCAACAUAAGACCAAGACCAGGUCUUGUUGUUUGGAGACUGUUUGAAUGUCCGUGAUCCCCCAGGUUUAGUCUGGAGUGGUAGUAUUGGAGUAAUCAUAACACCUAUCAACCGUCUUCCUUCAUUUUAAGUGGGUCAGUGUGAGAUACGUGUGGAUAUUGAGUGUGUUAGCUGCAGAGGACACCAGUGGGCUGGUCAGGUUAUCGGCUCAGGCCCUUUAUUAAGAAACUGACAGGAAUGCUGACACAGAAACUGAAGCUAUGAACCGCUGCAGAUGGGGUCAACUCCAUCCUGUAAUUAAGCUGAUUUUAAGAAACUCCAACCGAAGCACUAAUGUUGGUAAAAACUCAGCCUGGAAUUGGACAUUUUCCAUCAGAGGUUGCAUUUUUUUUGCAGAAGCCACAUGUUUCCUUCUGCAUUCAGCGCAGAGAUCAGCUGUUCGGGUUCACAAUGUGUCAGUCAGCUCGACUUUUGCUUUGACUCUGAUGUUGUUUCAAAAACACUCACUUUCAUAAGCGACCUGUGACAAAUACAAAACUUAUAAUUAGGGCUGCACAAGUGAUCAAUUUUAAAUCUCCAUCGGAUUAUUUAAUUAUGACGAUAUUAAAAAAAUUAAGAUUGUCAGAUUGAUUUUCCUCUCCAUCAUGUCUUGUGCCUCCAGGCCACCAUAGGCUCCUCCUUCCUGCAGGAGUGCUCCCCAGUUCCCACACAAACAUGGGGUUUGCAAAAGAAGGCGAUAAUUUUAUGGUUAAAUAGGACAAGAGCGAGUCAGUCGUGUGGAAUUGGUACGGCUUCGCAGUUUCGGAUGAAGAGCAAACCACUCCACGCUGCAAAGUCUGUCUGAAGGCGGUAUCAACCCGUCCACACGGAAACAAAUUCAGGAGUAAAAGGAAUUUUUUUUUGUGGUAUCGGCGUUUGAUCUACACAGAAAUAGCGUUUCGGGUGACUGUAAAUGGUACUUUUUGAAAAUGGGACCACGACUACCAUAUCAUCUCCGUGUGGAUGCCUAUCUGCAUCUCUCGAAAAGAUGAUAUGACACGCCUGAUAUAGCGCCUGCACUUGUCCGGCCAAAACAACCUUUAUACACAUGAUCUGUACUCUUCUUCUGUCUUUUGUGCAUUUCUUUGGCAGCAUUAUAGCGCCACUUACUGGCCUGGCAUAUGCUCUACAUCGUUUUCAGUGGUUUUGUCCUUAGAGAUGAUUAAAAGACUUUAUUUUGAAAGUGAAGUUUGGUGAAGUUUUUACUGAAAUUGAGUUGUUAGAGAAAAUUUGGAUUUUAUUUUUGGCCAAAAUCAUGCAGUCCUGCCUAUAAUAUAAGUAAUAUCCCUAUAUUUCUAUGUGGGAUUUAGAAAGACGACUUCGCAUCCUCUGAAACUGCAUGUAGUAAAACAACAUCAAGCAACAGGAAGAGGCUCCAAUCAGCCGACCCUGAGUACGAUUUGUGGCAAAGUCAUAUCAGGACAAGCUAGUAAAUGUAAAGAGGCCAUUCAGGCUACUGUAUUAAACAAGGUUUUUCAUCCGUAGAGGAACAUCAGCUUCGAGUAUCUGCAUAUCAUUUAGGUGCUGGUGAGAUGGGAGAACAGUAAUGGACUCCCUGAGCCUCUUUAAAACUUACCACUAGCAUCAGUUUUACACAGUCUUGCUAGCUGCACUAAUCGUGCUGCAGAGGCGUAAACACAGUGUCUCAUUAAUUUGCGGCGAAAUUUAAUUAGAUGCUCUCUUGCUGUUUGAAGUGGUCCUUUUAUUCAGCAGCCUCGGGCCAUAGAUGGAGAGGAAACUGUGGAGCAUGUGCAAUCUUAAUUAGCAGUUCCAAUGAGGAGAAGACUUAAGAACGGUACCCUCCUAAAAACUGUCACUAAAAACCAUUUAAGUCUAUUAAAUCAAUACACCUCUAAAUGGAAGGUGUGGACACGUCCUUGCCUCUUAGUAAUUAACUGUUACCUAACUUACAAGCUCUUCAAUGUUAAUGAGAUCAUUCCCGUCUUAACGUCAAACUCACCUUGAAAGAGUCUGGGAGCAGCAGGAAUGUUAGAAUACAGGAAAUUUAUGAUUAAACUGCAUGAAAUUCUCCCUAAAUGCUGCAAUCCAAACUCAGUAUUACAGCAGCUCUUGUAAUAGUCACAAAAAUAUAAGAAUGAUGUAUUUCAAAUUUAUUUCAAACUUGCGUCAGCAGGAGUGCGACAUGAAAGUCUUUCCAUGUAUAUGUGAGUGUGUGACCUCUUUAACAUGUCAGUAUUUACCUGCCAGCUUUGAGAGUUUACACCUCAAAUCUGACUUUUGAUUAAACAGAUUCAACUCUCAGUAUGUGACAUUAGGUAGCAAUGAGAUGCUUACCAGCUACACAGCUUGUAUGUGACACUACAUUAGGGUGACUGUAAUCCCAAAAGAGGACACGACUACGUGGGGGCGGAGUCAUGGAGUCGCACAAAGUUAAUUUUGAGAGUUUUUCAGGUUGGAUUGAGUGUCUUUUACGAGCUUCUAACUCAGUCCACGUGACACAAACUCGAGACUUCCAUACAAAACCCCGGACAUUUGAAGGAUUUUAUAAACUUCCCCUGACAAACCUGGACAGCCCGGUCAGCCCCCACAAUAGAGGACAUGUCCGCGUAAAAGGGGACGUAUGGUCGCCCAACACUACAUCAUAGUCCAAGACGCUCAGUGGAAAAAUAUAUCCUGAGUCCCUGAAUCUCAGUUUUAGGGUUAGUUGUAGGGAUGGCCGAUAUAGGCUAAAAAAUGUAUCACUCUAAGUUUUGCCAUUCUGCCGAUAACGAUAAAAGUUCCGAUAAAAAAUAUUGAAAUUCCUAUCUAUAUUUUUGACUCAUUCUGUCUUGAGGACACCAGUUGGAAUAGUCAAACAAGAUACUUAACUACAAGUUUAAGUGGAAAGUUAUAGAGAAAACUAGUGAAAUGUAAAAACAUCUCUUAUUGCACAGAAUGAGCAGAAUCCCUCAUGUGGAGCCUCGUUCAGUAACAAACUGCUCAGAGACGUCUUCUUCACCAACUUCAGCCAUGUUUGUUUGAUAGUCUUAUCUGUGUUAGCUACGGCUCGCGCUUACAUCAUCAACUUGUAUUUAUCGCGCUUAUCGUGAGAUGGCAAAUAUUUAUCGUGGAGGAAUUUUCUGAUGAUAAAUCUUGAACGAUAAUUCAUCGCCCAUCCUUAGUUAGUUGUUUUGAGUCCAUUCACAUGAUCACAGACUUAUAGAAAAAUUCCGGCCGAGUUAGAAACCCCCCCUUGAGAGAUGAAUGUUGCCGACUGCUUGUUUCUCUAGUUAUACCAACUUUAGUAAUGACCACACAAUAGCAAUACAGAGCGGUCUGAGGAGCCAUAAACAAACCUCAACCAAAACGCCACUCUAUAGCCACAAAUAAUGCUCAGAACAGCACCUAACUUCAUCAACAGGACAUAUAGGGUCACGGCCACCAAACAUCUUUUUAACUUUGACUAAUUUCUUUAGCAAAGAGACCCUAAAUUAAUUUUACGCUGGAGUAUCCCUUAAAUUUCUGACUUUUUCACAUAUUUUUUCGUCAUUCACCAGUCUGGCAUUUCACAACUUUCCUUUUCUCUCCUGUCUUUUUAACAUUUAAUAAGAGAUGUGGACUUUAUUUCUCAAAUUAACCCCCCUUAUUUCUGUCUAAAAAUGUUGAGUCUUGUAAAAGUUUUGAAAAUCUGCUGCAAAGAUAAAACAAAAAUAGUGAGGAAUGAACGUUUUUAAAGAAACACUACAAAGCUGCCUUUGUGUGGUCGUUAACCAGACCCCUCAUUUCUGCUCCUCAGUCGUCAUCAUCCUCAUCAUUACUGCCUCACACGCCACCAAGAAUCUGAACUUGCGACCCUAUUUUGAAAAAGAGAAGCAGUCCUAAUCCUGCAGUUUCAUGUGGCCUUGAAUCGACGUCUCACACUCUGCUAAAGCGCUGGUUGUCUGGUUAUCAUUAAAUUACAGUAAAAAUACAGCGUGUAUGCCCAUGUUAAUGAAACAGAACAAGUGCAGUGACACUGUACCGGAUAAAGAUGCCCUCCAGCUGAGCGGGAUCCAUGAACUUAUUAUGACUCGCGUCCUCGUUAUGUAACGCAACUUACGAGAUUGUUUGACUUAAACAAUUUUAUAGAGUUGCAGAGUUCAAGAGUCCAGGCUGAAUCAUCCAGUAUGAAGUCAUGUUAUUGUGGUGCAGACAGAGGGAGGGUUUUUGUGGUUGAAGCUAAUUCAGUCAUGGCUAUUUUCUGAACAAUAAAGCGAAGAAUAAACCGUGACACAACAUUUCCAACGUUUGUGCUGAGUGUCUGUUAUUAAAAAAGUGGAGCGCAGAUGCUCGACACAAAGACUUUGCUCCGGGGUCCUGAUUGCUGAACCUCUGAAUCACCAUAUAGUUUGAGAUAAAAGGCUGACUACAUGGCCCUGUGUGGCGAAGAUAAACGCCCUUUGUGAGUAAACGCCUGUCCAAUCGAGGUUGACACAGCGGCUGCGAUGACUAAUGUGGUCGGAGGAGCGUGAGCCACAGGUUAAUCUGUGUGUCCUGUGCUCUGUCGCUUGUACAAACUAACAAAGGAGACAUCCAGGGGUCCUAUAUUUGGAAAGAACACUCUGUCUCCAGGUUAUUUCUACUCGAACUUUAUACGAUGGCGGAGAAAGAGGGACUUCAAAAUCAGGCGCUAUCGGGUCGUAUGUGUCAUGACUUUACAGGCCAGGUAGAUAAAAAUGAAGCUCAUGAAACUUCCUCAAACAAGUGAAACACAAACUGACACAAUGGUCUUUUUCUAAGGAGUCAUUUUACGGCGCUGAGGGGAUGGCCUGUGCCAAAGAUGGUCAGACACAUAAAGCUCAGUGUUUCCCCCGAGUGUUUUUGCUUUGGCGUCAUACGGGGGGUGGCGUGAGAUGAGCCAUCGCUGUUAUCGGGGUAAGGAGACAUGCUCAAGUUAUCAUCCACAAGACAAUGUGCCACGUCUGCAUCACCACAUACCAUCUUUUUCAAGAAUGCAGAUAUUUUAAUCGGGGUGCUGAAUGUUCAAAUACAGUUCAGUGCUCCAUGACCACUUUUAUUCUUGUUUUGUUGGCGGCUAACAUGAUGGAAAGGAGCCAGAACCUCGGGUUGUCAAAACCAUCCCGCGCAAGACUUCAAGGGUAUGAGCGUUAAGUGCUCACGACCAGAAUACAGGAAUGAUUUUUUUCUUUGGAUGGUAGGGGAAAGUCCCGCCUCCUUUGCCUCCGAUUGGCUAGAAAAGCUGGAAACGUCAUCACACACUCAAGCCGAACGCAGGCUGUCGGCUCUGUACAUCGAACAGAACAUUGUCGCACUUCUGAAUCUCCUAACCCUAACCAGACAGACGAUGAGGUAUCACAGCCAUAAGGAAUAACCAAUCGAAUCCCAGCACUUCUAGCCAAUCAGAGGCGAAGGAGGACGGGACCUUUCCCUGCCAUCCUACGAAAAAAAAUUUGCACGCUACCCGCGGAAGGCGUGGUAUAUCAGCACGCGUGAGCCCUGCUCCUUACAGAGGAGUGGAGAGAUACAUUUUUCUUGAAAGUUAUGAAACAAUUGCGAGCUUUAGAAUCUGAAAUUUCGCAAAUUUUUAUAGGCUGAUUAGAUAAAAAUGAAAAUUAAACUUAUAUAUAUCUCUAAUUUAAUUUCUGGGUUAGGAUCUCGUUGGCAGGGCGGUCUGUCCAGCCAAAUACACUACAGAGGAAACACUGAAGCUUUACCAUAAAGGGGGUGAAAAUCUCCAUAUAUAUUAACCUGGUAAUAGAUAAAUAGAUUAAAACUGUCAUCCAGGUGUCAGCAGGUUUGUUGAGGUUUGGAAAUAUCAUCACCCCAUUUAACCCUGAAAACUAAAAAACGUAUUAAAAGUGAGAUCAGGCUGCACAAACGCUUCUCUGUGAGAACGACUGAUCCCUUUGGUGUCUGCUGUUUGAGUUUCGCACAGACCGCUGUUCGGACAGACAGAAGCUCCAUAUAAUAAAGGCUCAGGUUGCUUUUAAUGAACCUGGACUGCUGGGGUUGUUAGCUCCUGCGGUGCUUUGUAGCUUUUAUCCUGUUCUGGUUUCGGUGUUGUGGCUUCAUUACUUAAAGGAGCCAAACCAGAGCGGGGUGAGUUUUUUUUGCAGAAGAUAUCCCACUGGCCUUUAGUCUUUGUGCAUGCACAGUGUGUUUUUUCUUUAAGGGCAGGAUUUGUACAUGGGGGUUUGCAGCAGGAGAUGGAUUGCUGGCGUUAAAAGUUGAGUUAUAAUUGGGUAAAUAUUGAAAAUCUUGCGCCUGGGUUGAAUGACACUGACGAGGAGAGCGAUUAAAGAUGUAGUCUGGUGUUUUUUAGUCUGUGCUGAGCAUUGGCCAGAUCUAGAUGGAUCUGACUAUGAUAGAGUUGAAGUGAUGAACCUCAGGGAGAUAAUAAAUAUGAGUCACAUGCUGGUAUGAUCGUAUAACUCUAUAAAUAAAGUAAAACUCUUUCUUUUCGGGGAGUUCAGCUGAAUCUGUCUUGAUAACUGGGAGCAGAAAGCACCUAGCUCUCAUCAUAAGAGGGUGUGCAGACUAAUUGUAAGCUUUGCACUCAAGCGUGACAGCUACUGUCAGCGGAGUGUACAAAAGGUUUAAGGCUGAAAAGAAAGAGGUGAACUAGGUCUGAACUUGUGGAAGAAACACUCAAAGAAAGCCGAUGAUGAAAGAGUCAUCGUUUCGUCUUAGUCUCAUGCCAGUUCAGACGGAUAAAGAAAGGAUCAGGUGGUUUCUUGUUUUUUGACUUCUUGGCGUUGAUUGUAAAUGAAAGUUUAGAUUUUGCAAUUAUUCCCGCUACUGAAUGAGUUCAUCUGCGAGAAGUUGUGUAAAAAUAUCCAAAAUGUGACGUGAAGUUCAGUCCUCGAAGGAAGAAACAACUUCUGAAGUGGUCGAUUCAUGUGUUUGAAACAGGUUUUUAACUUUUAGCUGUUUUGUUUUGCGUCAAAAUAAUAUGAUAUUGCAGCAUUUUUGUGCAGCUAUCUCGUCUUUUCAGAGAAAACAGGAUUCAAGUAUUUCUAUGUUAUUACAUAAAACCAGCGUGACCUACUUUAGCACACACUUGACGGUUUUCAGAAGUCGUAUGUUGUUACGUUGUGUUUUCACUGUGUAAUGGGAUAGCAUCUGUAAUGACAGGGUGUAGCACAAAGGGAUGAAUCAGUCCCCAAAAUAUCUUUAAUUAUAAUUUGAAAACACCCAACUAACUGUGUCAUUCUGUCUUCUGUCAUUCUGCGGUUUAUACAUUGUUAAAAAAAAAGGUCAUUAUAGUGUGAGUGUCUGUAUCACCUCAGAUUCAUUCAGCCCAGCAUCUUUGUUUUACUGCAAAUGUUUAUAAGGUGUUAAUAUCAACAGAGAAUUAAUCUAAAAAAAAAAAAAUGCAUUAAAGGGAUAUUCCAGCGUAAAAUUAAUUUAGGGUCAAACACACGUCACACCGAGUUAGACAGCCAACUGCUUGCUUCUCUAGUUAUACCAACUUUAGUAACGACCACAUGAUAGCAAUACACAGUGGUCUGAGGAGCCAUAAACAAACCUCAACCAAAACACCACUCUAUAGCCACAAAUAAUACUCAGAACAGCACCUAACUUCAUCAACAGUACAUAUAGGGUCACAGCCAUAGUACUAGACACCAAACAUCUUUGUAACUUUGCCUGAUUUCUUUAGCAAAGAGACUAAACACAACUCAUCUACUCUUAUCCAGCAGCCAUUCGUUUGUAGCGAGACCGCAGGUCAAUCCAUUACGGACUACAGCGGGGUGACGCAGCUCAAGGAAGAACAUUUAUGAUCAUUUCUUUAUCAUUUUCUUGAAGUAAUAAUCACCAUAUUUACUAUUUUCCACUGCAGACGCGGUAGUUCUUAUGCCUUAGCGUCUCUGUCUGAUUGUAUUUCCAUGAAGAAAUGAUCAUAAAUGUUCUUCCUUGAGUUGCAUCACCCCACUGUAGUCCGUAAUGGACUGGUCUGAGGUCUCGCUACAAACAAGCGGCUGCUGGAAGAGAGUAGGUUGGUGGUGUUUAGUCUCUUUGAUGAAGAAAUGUUUUGUAGCUAACAGUCGGUAGUAAGCGGUCAGCAACAUUCAUCUCUCAACGGGGUGUCUAACUCGAUGUUACGGUGUGUUUUACCCUAACUCAAUUUUACGCCGGAAUAUCCCUUUAACUUCAAUAAUCCUCCAAAUCAAAAUUUCACUUGAAACCAGUGACUUUUCCCUAAGUAUCAGCUGUACUUUGUGUUUAACACUAAUUAUAAAAUAUUAAGUCUGAAAGCACUGGUGCAUCUGAGGGCAGUUCACAGAGGUGCUACAGCUCUGGCUAGCGGCUACAUCCAAUGUCAACAAGUGUAGAUGAUGGAUAGCAUAGCAUGUCCUAGCGUGGCCGUGUGCAACCACAUACUGGCGCCAACCUGCAAGACAGACCUGGUCUGACUCAUGGGUUUUCUGCUUCAUUUUGGCUCUUUUCUUGGUGUUUUCCAAGAGUCGCAUACACGUCUCUGUUGAAACAUCCAGGAAAUUUGGCGCUUCAAAACAUCCUCACAGACCCCUCUUGUGGGGCUGCAUCUUGUUGCUUGUUAGUGAUCCCAGCCUCACACUGAACUCUGAAUUCACCAGAGCUGGGGUCCGUUUCUCUUUCAUGUUUGAAGCAGAUUGAUGCGUUUCUGGCAGCUGUGCAAACUUCAAGUGAAAUGUUUUCAACUUGCUCCGACACAUCGUUCUAUCAACAGGUCACCUCGGGCCACUUUCACAUCUUUGCAUUUAACUUUUAAGCAACAGCACUUCUAUGGAAAUGAACUACACGUGCUUCUCUAUCUCUUUUACUCUUUUCAUGAAAGCAUACUGUCCAGGCUAACUCUCUCUCUUUCACCUUUAGCCAGUGAAAGAAAGACUCUCUUUCUCAUUUAGAUUGUUUGAAUGAUAGCUGCAUUGCAGAAAAGGACCAUUGUAUCGAUCCACUCAUCUAAUCAAGAGUGCAUCUACUGUACAAUCAGCCCAGGAUGACAUUUGCACAGACGGGAAAUGAUCCUCUUACUCUUGCUUUCUCUGUGCUGCAUUGAUUCAGCAGUAAUCACAUCUACGGCACAGGAGAGGAGGGCGAGACAAAUAUCCGUGGCUGCAGCCUGGAGAGUCCUUGAGGGUCCAUUCAAUGCUUGACAAUUGAUGGCUUCAUUGUAUGUGAAGCAUUGACGGCACCUUUUGAAGAAUGGGAGUUUCGCUUUGCGGCGCAGGCUGGACAGAAUGGCAAAUUGUCAACCUGCGCCGAGCGAAACAACAGGUCACUUUGUUCAUGCGGUGAGAGCUCUCAGCGGUUGCUCAAAAGCCCGCGGUGUCGUCUUACUCUCUGGGAAUUAUCGACUUGCCAAAGUGUCUCCUUCUGCUGAUUUUCUGACAGCCAAUAAUGUUGACUGGGCAGACAGCGGGCUCUGGGAACAUUGCUAACACUCAUCACAGUGGUGUGAUAGCUCAGGUAGGAGGUAGGUUUAGAUUAAAUUCAUGGUAUUGCAGUUGCUGCAGUAACCCAAUCCUAGCGUUGCAAUCCAUUUUGCAAGACUCCAAUAUGUGUGCUUUAAAAUUCAUGUUUCAAUGAAUUUUGAUGAUAAAACCAUACCUUAGAGAAAACACUUUUUUUCCAGGAGAUGUGCCUCACUGGAAAGGGCAAUAAUCUUAUUAUCAUAUAUGUUGGUGUCUUAUAUUCUUGUUUGAGUCAAGAGCGGCUUUAUGUGUUUUCGCUUUGUACGCUUGCAAUACAAGAACUUCUUUAGGAGGGUUGUAUAUCCGGUGAUUGAACCCACAGAGCUCUGAAACUUAUUUUCAGAGUUUUUAUCAUUUGAGUGAUAAAAUCCCAAUAUACCGAGGAUGAAACUACAAAAAUACACCCAGAAACAGACCCCUAUGAAGAGUCGUGCUCGGUAUAAACCAGCUCAAAACCAAAAACCCCAAAUUAACCAUUUCCUCGGUAAGCAGGUGCAGGCUACUGCUGAUGUUAUUGUUUUUUCCCACCUGAUGCACGUGUUGAUUUUGUGCACUGUGCCCACCGGCAUGGUGUAAAUCGCAAAUGAUGUUACACAUGUUCGCGCUCACAGGUGCAAAGGUGGUCCAUUGUAGCUCGAACCGUCAGUGCCUUCGACUGACAGCAAUGUUUGAAGUCUGAGGUCGGUGUGCAGCUGUGCUCCCACUCAUGAUACAUGCCUACUUUUGCUGGUACAGUGAAAUAGAGUUAUCUCGCAUAUUUAAAAAUCAAUUUUUAUUAAAGGUAAACUGAAACUAACUUCCCAUUGGGGCUGCGUGAUUUUGGCCAAAAAAAAAAUCCAGAUUUUUUUUCUCUGAAAACUCAACUUUCGAUUAAAAUUUUUUAUGCAGUGACAACUUCAUCAAACUUCACUUUAAAAAUAGAAAGUUUUUUUUAUCAUCUUUGAAAAACUAAACCGCUAAAAACAAUGUAGUGCAUAUGCCAAGCCAGUGAGUGGCGCUGUACCACUACCCAGGAAAUGCACAAAAGACAGAAGAAGAGUACGGAGCAUGUGCAUAAACGCUGUUUCGGCCGGACAUGUGCAGGCGCCAUAAAAGAGUUUCGCUGUGUGUCACAUAAUCGUUUCCAGAGAUGCAGAUAGACAUCCACACGGAGAUGAAAUGGUCGUCGUUUACGGAUUUAUGACCCAUUUUCAAAAAGUAUAAUUUACAAUCACCCAAAAUGUCAUGUUUCCAUGUGGAUGACAAACGACUUUUCCGUUUACACCUAAUUUAGUUUUUCGUGUGGAUGGGUUGAUACUGCCUUCAGACAGACGUUGCAGCGUGGAGUGGUUUACUCUUCAUCUGAAACUGCGAAGGUGUACUGAUUCAACAUGACUGACUCGCUCUCGCCCCUUUUAGCCACGAAAUUAUCGCCUUCUUUUGCAAACGCCAUGUUUGUUUACACUGGUAAAAGAAGGAAAAUCGAUUUGACUAUUUAAAUUUUUUUAACAUCGUCUGAAUCAAAUAAUCCGAUUAGAAUUUAAAAUUAAGUAAUCAUGCAGCCCUUCUUCCCAUAAAAGCAGUGACUGUCAAAACAAGAGUGAUGGAGAACACUUUCACUUUUUAGAAACUUUCCUCUCAAGACAACCUCUUUCUGUUUCACUUCAUACCAGCUGGACUAAAGUAAUUCAGCUGCAGCACAACAAGUUCAUUUGCUUACACUUUGCUGUCUGCGCUGCACGGUUUGCACGCUGUCAACUGCUAAUCCCUAAACCCUUGAGUAGAAACAGAGGGCACAGCCGCUCGAGCAGCUCCUGAUGGCCCAAUGGAUCAUGGAGGUGAGCCACCUGCAGUAGUAUAAGCUUAAGUGGGGGCUCAGAUAGUGACAUUUUCUUGGCGUCUAUUGUUGAAAGGAUUUAGACCCAGCAAUUAAAAUUUAUAAGGGGCUUUGUGUGAAUUAAGGCUUACAACUUUAAAGAUCUGGGACAGGGAAAUCAUUCGGGCACAGAAACCUGAAGCAGAAGCCAGUUUAUAGUGAAAUACUCCAUUUUAUUCACACGCAGAUAUUACUGGGAGACUUCAUAGUCCUCGUAAGAAACCUGAAGUAAAACAAUUCAGUAACUUGUCAAAGAUUUUACCGCCCGUGUGUUCAAAGUCGCUGUUAAAAGUCUGUCAGCCCGGCGGGCGAGGGACAGAAUCCCAGUGUGGCGUUUUCUCUCUCAUGUUUCAUCUCCUUCUCACAGCUCUCCCUCUCGCUCGCUCUCUCUCGUGUCAUUUAAGAUAGUUCUGCUUUUGUGGCACCAGCUUUAGGAUUUUACAUUUUACUGGCCUACAUUCCUCAAUGUGUCACUAAUUAUAUGAACCCAUCUGUGCAGAGAGAGCACAUUUCUUUCAGUUUGAUCUCCGUCUUUGAGAUACGUUCGCUCCAUCACUUUAACUCGCAAACAAGCAGCUGCUCGCGAUUGUUUCCGUCGUGUGCGCGCGGAUUGGAAUUAUGUAGUCAGAUUUCCAACAUCGGUAUUUCCUUAAUUAAAAUCACACUCGCUCAGAGCUUUUCUUACUCUGCAGGCAGCUGCUGAAAAUUUAAUGUAAUCUCAUUGCGCUGCAAAGUGAAAGCCUUUGUUUUUUCCCCACUCAUGGACAUGUUCUAUUACUGGUUUGAACACCUCCAUUCUUGUGAAUCAUUGCAUUGUUAUUGCGAGUGACAUGAUGAAUAAUUCAAUGAGUGCUUUGUAAUUGGGAUCUUCCCAAAUUGGCAGAUGGCGCCUUGGUACUUUCUCCCCCUUCAGGCUUGUGCGACUUAUGGCAAACUUAUGCCCACAUCAUUGCUCGCCAUAUGCUCCUUAUGAGCUGACAAAUCUCCAUGUUUGUCAAAUUAAAGGACCAGACUUCGCAUGACUACAGGUGCAUGCUUGAUUUCCCGCUAAGGUUGGCUGGUUUGAGGACGCAGCCAGGAAACACACUUUGUCCGAUCGAUUGUCUGAGAAGCAGUCGAGACAAACUCUAAUUGGCACUGAGCGGGAUUGUUCGGUUCACCAGCGAGCGGACUUUGCAAAUGUCAGAGCCCGGAUUUGGCAGAUUCACUGAAGCGUGAGGGAUUUCAGGUUCCCACUGUUGUUUUCUUAUCCAGACCGGGUGGGAAACAGGUAGGGGCUCAACUUAGAUAUUGCAUGGAAAAGAUAACGCCGUCAUAAAGGGAGAGAGAGUCGAUUUCCUUCACUGAGCAGACAAAAAAAAAGGUUGGUUGAUAAAAGCAGUACGCAAGUUUGCCGAAGCAAAGACAAGGCCGACUCAAAGUUUGAUUUCUUUUUGUUCAUAAAUCCAGACUCUCCUGUUUGAAGAACCGAAAUGAGAAAACCUUUCGAGGUUGGGAAAAGCGAGCCGAGAUGAAUGUUUAAUCUAUCCCAGCAGAGACAAAUAGGUCUACAAAAGCUAUCGAGUUGUGGAGCCACAAUUAACUUGCUCGACGCAUCGCUCCACCCUCGCCACCUGCCAUACAAACAUGCAGGAUGUGAUUAAAAAUGCAUCGGUCUCACAAGCCUUUUAUAUAAUUAAGAUGGUCUCUCUGCAGAGCUGCAAAGGGAGGAGGCGAUUGUCUUAGCAGCGAUAGAUAAAGCACAUUGAAUAACGGCGUGAGCGGAGAAGGUGAAGGCUAAUUUCGUGCUGCAUGUUUGAGAUUGUCAUUUAUGCAGAUUUUUUUCUCUUGGGCAUCUCGAGCAGCAAUCCAAACACCAAUCCUUGACUUAGUUUGUGUCAUGCUCCAUCUACUGAGCCGUACAGGACCAGGCCUGCCCAAAUGGAUGCACGUUCACUGCUCCCCGAGUCCUCAGGGUAGCCCUCAGUCUGUUUCCCUGGCCACACAAUGUGAGCUCUCAAAGCUCGUAUUGUUAUUAAAAAUGGCAACAGAUUUCUCCCAGCGGCACGGUUUGUCCGUGAUUCAGGAGGAUCACUUUGAUCUGCUGGAGAAAGUGCUUUGGAGAGUGCUCGAAGCUCACUUUGAUCUCCAUCCUAAAGCGCUAUAGGAAGUUCUGUGUGUGUGUAAUAUCGCCGCAGGAAUGAGGUCGUCUCUCUAUAUGAGCUUAAAGGCCAGAGUCUCUUUUCUUAAUGAGCUGUCUUUAGGCUGUUCUGCACAAUCAGAGCUAUACUACCUUUGUAUUAUUCCCCAUUUUUAAGGCAGUUUCAUCCUCCGCUGUUAAGUGGUCAGAUAACCGUGUUUGUCUGGGAUUUAGUACAUUUACACUGGUUGUCCCAAGUCCUAAUAAAUACACAUUAACACUGAAAAGUCCUGUUUUUUUUAGUAAACACAUCAGAAUUGGCUGGUUCCACAAAAUCAAAAUCACUACUUGGAUUUUGUUGCCUUAGCCUCAAACUGGCCUGAACGUUGUGUACAUGGUCCACAGUAGGGCUGAGCGAUAUGGCCUCAAAUCAAUAUCAGGAUAUAUUGAUCAGUUCACCUCGAUAACGAUAAAUGGAUGAUAACUACUCCACAAGUUGCUCACCCCCUCCCACAUCAACUUCGUCAACUUUUGAACUGUCCUCCAUCUCCUCACCUGUCUUUCCCUCUUUGUUACAGACUGGAUAGGGUGGAGUCAUGUCUCUGACAGAGGACAUGAGACCAUAGCCAACCUUCACACAUCGAAAAACAACUUUUAUUUACUUUUUUUUUUUUUGACACAUGGGAAAAAUGAAGUCCAUUAUUGUCGUAAAUUCUGGUAUUGUUAAAUUUUCCAUUUAUCACCCAGCCCUAGUCCACAGUCCACACACUGGACUCUAACCAAACUGCAUAAAUGUGAAUAAAAUCUCAAUUGAAGUGGAAGGAAAGUAAUAAGACAAAGCUGUUGUAGAUUACAAAUAAAAGGUACAGACAUGUAUGAUCUUGUGUAUUUCCAUCUGUUGACCUACAACAAGUUUGCCUCUGGAUAACACAUUUUUGAUUGUUUGGGUAUGUGAUGCAGAAGGCCUUUGAAAGACGGUCCAGUGACGACUACCUUGAGGACGCAUAUUUCCGCCUUACACAGCUGCAGUAGACAUACUUUAGUCAAGACAUCUUUCUUUUCUGAAAGAAGCAGAAGGGACUCCUGUUUAUAACUUAAGUGUUCAGGAAGUCCUUGGGAUAAUCACAGUCUUCUUUUUUUUCUGAUAGGAGCUACUGUUCCUUGUCAGAAUAAUUCCAAUUGUGAGACCAGAGCUGAGGUUUAUUCUGGAUGUUAUGGCUGCCUCAGCCUCUAUCGUCGUGGCAACCUGUGAGCCUCAGGCCAGGCCCACAGCUGAAACCAAUUCACUAAUCAGGGACUGCUCUGACAUCACUGCAUCGUUGAAUUACUUUUAGAGCAACUUGAUUACUGAUUUAACGCUGACUCUUACCAGCUUGGCAAACUUUCACCAAGAGAUUAAAUUUAAACUUUAAAAUGUAGACACAGGACUUGUCUGUUGGUGUAUUAAUCCAGGUAUUGAUAGAUGUUGUAGUUUUUGAUCACUCACUUAAAGUUACCAUAUUCGGACUUCCAAAAAAGAGGACACGUCUAUGCGGGGCGGAGUCCUGCAGUCGCACAAAGUUAAUUUUGAGAGUUUUUCAGGUUGGAUCGAGUUUCUUUUAUGCACUUCUUACUUAGUAAGUCCACGUGACACAAAAUCAAAACUUACGUACAAAACCACAGACAUUUGAGGGAUUUUAUAAACUUCCCCGGGCCAGACAAAGCCGGACAGCCCCCCAAAAAGAGGACAUGUCCGGGUAAAAGACGACAUACGGUCAGCCUAACUCACUGAUCAUUUUUGGAUUUUUUAAAGUUUUAUUUCUUGUAUAAAUACAUACUUCAAAAAGGAAUGAUUAUUGUAGGUGUGCUCCUUAUUUAUUAUAUCACAAUGCUGGUAGUUAUAAAUCCAGCACCAAAAAGUUGAGUUCACUGAGUCUAUCUUGCUAAAAGAUUCACUAAAAUAACUGUCCUGCAUAUGCAUUAAAAAUUCAUUCAUGGAUGCAGACAUGAACAUGCAGUAACUUAGUGUUUCCAGUAGUAACUUCGGCCUCUCCAACUCUUUCUAUAUUGGUGCAAAGUGGCACACUGAGCUGUUUCUGGCCCAUCACUUUGUUAACAGUAAAUAUACUUCUGCCCACCUGUGCAUCUAUGAAUGCAGCGGUUUGUAUAAUUGAUGAGACCGAGGGCAUCGAGGGCGAAAUCCUAUCUUGAGGUAUCAGGGAGAAUAGCUUAACACAACUGUGCAGUAUUUAGUCGAUGUUGAAUUUUUGGCGCUGCAGCUUGUUUUCCCACACACCAUCAUACAUUAGCGCAUUUUCUGAUAUGCAUUUGAACAGAUGGGGAGAUUUUAUUUCAACCGUCCCCCCCAAAGAUCGUUUUACUGAUUUGGCCAUUGUGAAGCCGCUCUUUGAAUGCCAGAAAACAACACGCUACCCGCUACCUCUCUCCUCGCCCAUUUCACCUCGGGGAGAUUCCUACUCAGGCAGAACACGGAGCAAAACUUCAGCUAAAGAUCAACACCACGAGAGGAAGAAAUGAAGUGUGAUGUGCAUUCAGCUUUUCCAGCCACACACUCAUUCUCCUGUCCAGUCUCAGUCAUGGGGGCAAAGAUAGAUUGGAGGAACUUCCCCUGACAGCUCGCCGACCUCUAACUUGACAUACAGAGACACAGUGUUGGGACAAUUUGACAGGUGACAGUGUCCGCUGUGGUCACAAGGUAAGGAAACUUCUUGAGGUUCAGUUUUUCCUUCAUUGGAUCUUAAACCAGUGAGUAAAUCAACAUGACGUCCACUUUUGUACACACAGUAGGGGAAUAAAUAGAAGGAAAGUAGUGAGCCCAGCAACAUGAAGCCUAUAAAUAACCUUCAUUCAGCUCUAUUUUAGAUCAAGGUCACUCAGCAGCACUGGAGUUUUUAUGGUUUCUUAAUUAAAAGUUGAGAGCACAAAAAUGCCAAGUCCUUGAAAUUAAUGAAAGCCCUGUCUCUUUAACCAAUCAGUGAACAAACAAACAAAUAGAAAUGUGGGCCUCCUCUCUCUGCCGGUAAAAAUAGACUCAUACCUUUUGAAUUCUUUGCAAAAAUAAGGCGGAUGAAAAGCUGUUUCAAGUGGUGCACACACAACAACUGCACACCGGAGCGUAAAAAUACAUAUAAUCAGGGUGGCCUGAUUUGCUCUGCUGUAAAUCUGAGGACAGGCUGUGACUCAUUCUCAGCCCUUUGUCCGCUGCCUUCAGGGCAGGGCGCUAAUAAACACCAACAGCUUUUCAUACAUUUCAGGCUCAACAACAGCGGUAUGGAUCAUGAACUUUUUGAAUUACGGCACAUUUAUAAUACUGUGACUAAGUUUAGAAAUCCAACAGAGUACCUUUAUUAGAUCUGUCUUGAAAGAACUAUUUAGGGAAGUGUCUAACUGAAUAAAGUCCACGAGUGUUUGCCAUGAAUAAAUAAAUGAACUCAACUAUUAACAUAAGAUGGACCAUAUGACAGCUCUCCAUGAGUGAUAUCAAAACAGUUAGAGCUCCCCCUGGUGGCAGACUGCAGAACAGAACUGACAAAUAACUAUAUUAUAAAGUAGAAUCUGUUCUGCAUGCUAAAUAAGGCUGAAACAAUUCCUCGAGUACCUCAAUAACAAAAUAUGAUCGAGGAAUUUUCUCUGCCUCAAGGACUCGUUUAUAAGCACAAAUCGUCACCAUUAGCAGAAACAGGUAACAUCGGAGCUAUAUAAGCUCUCGGACACUACUGUCUUUAGGGACAUGAUGAAAGUUAAUAUCAUAAUUAGCUUUCUUAUGAGCAUUGCACCCCGCUAACGCACAGGCUUGUUUCGUGAUAAUUGCACUUUAACAAAAGAAAAAUUGAUUAGUCCGAUAACUGGAUGGACUAUUUGGUAGAAUGCUUGAUUACUAAAUUUUCUACUACUUGUUACAUGCUGUGUCCUUUUGUAUGCAAGCUGUUGUGUUGGCAAUUUAGCAGUGGAAAAAAAAGGAAGUUUUGUCCGACAAAAAUAAUUCCUGAGAGUAAAAGUUCAAUCGUUCACCAGGCGUUGGUGUAUGUGGUCCCUUGUUCGCCGGCUGCUGGCCUGGCAGUGCUGUUUCUCACUUCAGCUCAACUGAAGUGAUUCGUUUCAGUAUAUUCACUUAAAAGAUUUGGUUCUUUUGAACGAAUCGUUCUCUAACGACACAACACUAUGACAUUGCAUUGCACAGAUUUUCACUAUUUAAAACCUCUUUAAAAAAUUAGGAGCUUUGACUUAAUUUUAUGAUAAUGCUUAAUGAAUUAAAUUGAAUUAGAUUAAAUAUAAAACUGACAUUGACUCAUUGAACCUGUUGCGUGUACAGCCUCUCUCUCUCUCGUCUACACACAGAGAGUUCGCUGUCAGAUUUGAACAAAUUAGCUCUGUACAGAGGUAGUCUGUUGCACCUGUUGAAUAUGAUGAAGCAGCUCUUUUAUUCUCGCUCCUCUUCUGUUGUUGAGUGUUUUAUUAUAUCUUCUUCUUUUCUUUUUUCUUUGAAGUGGUCAGCAUUUUUUUGUGCCAACACCCUCUGCUUCUGUCUCAGUUUCCUUCCCAAUUACACACCGAUGGAAACCUUGAAAAGCACACCCUUAAAAAGUAAAGAAAAAUCUCCUCCUGCAGAGAGUAGAGUCAUAAAGUUCAGUCUGCGGAUGACAAGAGCACCCUGAGCUGUCAGACUUUGGCAUUUCUGUGUUCUUUCCCUCUCUUUCUGUCUGAAUCUGUCUCACUUCCCCCUGCUGUUAUAUUAGAACAUCAUGCUUAACUGUCAUCCUGAUAACACUGUGAGCUCUUUCAUGUUUUUUUUUUCCUCCUCACACUUCAAUUUAUGGGUUGUUUUUUGUGGCUCACUGAUCCUCGGCUGCUGAACAUUUAGUGCUUGAUUCCCUUUUGCUAAAAUACCUAGAAAUGGAGCUGCAGGAUUAUCCUCUGGUGCACUAAACAAGCCAGGACCGGGCCUCAGUCUGACUCAACCUGCCCAUCUCGGGAAUUACCGAGCUGCUUGGCACGGCGCUCAUGUUGAGCAACUCAGAUCUUUAUCCAAAAUGUGUGAGUGUGUGUGCAAACCUUGGCGUAGCUGAGCCUGUCAGCGAUACUCUGAUUUUAGGUGCGUCACAUUUCCAUUGGCAGCUGCUCGCCUGUUUCUCCAUUCAGCGAGAGCUCGUAUUUUAAGGAGCUGGCUGAUUUGUUGGUCGCCUUCCAAGGCGGUUUCUGAUGCAUUGUGCGAGUGGGACUAAAUUUAUUUACCGUCUGUUCGACAACACAGAGGAUUUCAUUGUUAGAUGUGUAGCUUUGGAUAGAUUUGUCACAGGAUGGUGGUUUGAUUUCAGAAUUAUUACCUGAUUUAUUUUUUUUACCAAAUAGAAUAAUCUCUGCUUUGCAAACCUCGACACUCAUGGAUGAAAUUUUGAUUUCAAAGGUGGACGGGGGGACAUGUGACUUGAGUACUGAUGUGACACGUGGAUUUAAACGCCAAUGUUCAGCUCAGGUUUCUUUAUUUAUUCCAAAAUUAAGUUCCCACCUUUACAUAUAUCCUAGCAAACAGCACAUCUCACACACACAGUAACAGAUGAGGCAAUAAGGCCAACGGGUGGAUGGAAGUACAAACCCGAUACAGGGAUGUAAAUGAAACCUCCGAUGAACGAGACGUUACAGAGGGAAAAUGAACGCCACCCACCUGUAAACUUACAUCUGUGAAUGGGUGAAUAGCGAUGUUCACGGACUGACUCUUAUGAGUAACUUGCAAAACACGACUGACAGCAGAGAUAGCCAAUCACACACAAAAAGUAGCCCUGCAGCAGAGCUAAUCAAGGACCUUAUGGGCGGUCCAAACCGAGGGAAACCAGUUUUUGGCUUGAGCGGCCAUUUGGUUCUACUGCUUGACAUCUAUCGGUUUGCCAAAGUGUAAAGUAAAAUUGUUUUCAGACCAUUAAAACUACAGGGCUUCUGAAAAAGUCCCCCCACCAAUCAUGUCUGUGUCUACACAUGUAAAGGGUGAAGUUCGUGCUCUGUUUCCUGUCUGCCUCAUCAUUGCCUCCUGUAUUUGGUCGACAUUUCUUUCAAAUCCUCAGGCCGUCUUCCUAACCCGUGCAGGGCAUGUGUCAUUGUUAUUUUCCACUCAAUUUCAUCAUCCGGUGUCCACAAUGGAUGGAUAGCAGAGGAAGUUCAGCCCACGCUGGUUUUGAAAUGAGGUGUGGUCAAGCGCAAUGGUGGUAUGUUGCUAUCUUGAGGAUCUAAAGAUUGACCAAGAGUACCUCACACAGUAGACACAGCUGAGCUCUGUCGGCACGUGCGCAGCUCUCUGCAUGGAUCUCAGCUGGAAAAUAAGGCGGUCUCACCAGCGAAAGUUGUUCGAUUUUUCAUGUUUUUUCACAAAGUUUUACAGAACAACAUCCACAGACUUUGAAAGUUUGAUAUUUCAACUUGCAGUUUAGGAUCAAUAGUUUUGAUUCACCAGUUUACCAGCUCUUUGACUGUAGAAUGAUGUGAGAUAUUGCAGAGUUAUGUUUUUAACAUUUUGUAGAUCACAAAAAAAAAUCACAAACUAUCACCAUCAAAAGGCUUUUUUUUCAACAUUCAUACAAAAGUUAGAAACUAUUUUUCAUUUUAUUCUCUGCAGUUUGAACUUUUAUCUCUAAAACUCUAUUUGCUGUGUGAGUUUGUGAAAUGACACAAAGAAGAACAACUUUAGCUGAUAAGAAUGCUUUAGUUUCUUUUAACAGCAGAGAUCCAGAAUCCAACUGUGCUGUCUGCAGGUCCUUCCAAACGAACUCAGACCUGGUCUAAAGUCAGUGCAGUUUUUCUACUAUUUAGAGAGCACAUUACAGAGAUACUAAAAUGGUUACAAAACUGAGCGCUAAUUACGACAAAAGGCUUAAAGGUGCCAGUAUUCUCCCUGGUUUUCAUAGUACAGUAUAGGACUGAUCUCGGGAUGCCAGAAGACGAGGGCACCCUAAUGGCUGUCUCUUCAUACACCUGUUUGGCCUCAGCGGAGAACUCCUGACCAAGACCAUCACCAGCCUCUGCCUUCUCUCAAACACAUGUUGACAUGAAAUCAUAGAGUGAACUGUGAGUGUUUUCUGUGCUUUCAAAGGAACUAUGUAAGUAGAUCCUGCUCCAGAUAAACAACAGACUUAAUCCAACCUCUUUGCACCCUGUGCCCCACUUGGUGCCCAGACACGGCUGAGUUUACUUGGUUUCUGUGAGCUUUACAUCUGUUAAAUAAGACACCUGGACUCCUCUGUUCUUACUUCCUGUCUCCUUUCCUUUCCUUUCCUUGCCCUUCCUUUCCUUUACAUUACUUUCCUUUCCUUGCCCUUCCUUUGCUUUCCAGUCCUACCUUUCCAUUCCAUUCAACUCCAUUCCUUUCGUUUCCUUUCCUUUUAAUUCCAAUCCAAUUCAUUCCUUUCCAUUCUAUUCCAUUCCUUUCCUUCUAAUUUCCUUUUCUUUUCUUUUCAUUUCAUUCCUUUCCUUUCCUUUCCAUUUUUGUCCCUUCCCGUCUAGUAUAACAAAAACUUUUCCCACAGUGUCAACUGGCAGAGGCUGAAUAUGCCACUAUGACAAUAGCACAUGAUCCGGUUGCCCUUGGCAACACUCUGCUGUUCAGAAAUAACUCACUGUACCAUCUUGAUAAUGAUCAACUGGAAUCACAGGAGGGCAGUAAACCAGUAAAAUAAUCAUCCCAUUUUUGUCUUCAGUGUCUUGGUCAAAGGUCCUUUGCACAAGCUUGGGUUGAUUUUAAACUGACGGGAAUAGAGUCUUUUUAAAAGGACUUUAAUUUAUGUCUCUUUCUGAAACAUUCAUCUUUAAAAAGAUUCACUCUGUGCAGACAAGCUGUGUCUCCACAGGCACACACAUAUUUACUUGUGCCUGGGUUUAUUCAACACAGACCAUUUCUGGUUUCCUAGCAGAGAAAAAUGCUUUCACUUUGCUCUGUCAUUGUGUCUUCUGGAUCGCCUCACAAUGCCUCUGUCAAAUAUUGGACUCUUGUAAUUUCUGUCCCAGUCAAGACGAGCAGAAAUCAAUGAGGAGGACAGUUUUCCCUUUUCCCUCGGUUGGCUGGAUUCUUACUAACUGAACAGAGGUAUUUAUCAGAUUUGCAUGAGGGCAGUCAACAUGUCUGUACUUUCCAUCCCCAUAAAGGAUGGAUCUGUUUGUUGCCAUGGUAGCUUGAGACUUCCAAAGACAAAGAAAAGAGCGAACCAUCUCAACAUGUCAAUAUUUCUCUGUAAACUUUGCUCAGCAAGCUUUAGCAAUGAGGGAUGUUUGGAGAGUCGGGCCGUAGUCGGAGGCUGAGAUUGCCUGUGUUGCUCAGUAAUUUCUCCCCCCCUGCAAGACAACCCAAUCUUCUGCUGCUUAUCAGACACGACAGGAAGAACAUAAAUAAAAAUACCACAAGUCUGCAGGGACGACCCGCUGCCCUCAACCAGACACCCCCAUGCAGUAGCGGCCCCGCAGACCGGCUGGAGGGAGGGAGAUUGGGACCGUUUGAUCGGUGUCCCCAAUCCCCGGCAAUAAGAGGAGGGCAGGUGGAGGUAAUGCUGAGCUGUUGCCCUUAUUACCUCAAACUGGCACAGGGACUGUUUGUUGACUGCUGGGCUGAUACAAGAGGGCAGAGUGGUUCCCAUCAGAGAGUGUGCUCUUGGAGAACUUUGAACCUCUCUGUAUUUGUACUACAGGAACUCACUAUUUGUUUUACAAGCAGAAAAAGACGAAUUAAAGAAUGAUUAAACCACCUGUUAGCAAGUAAUAAAGAAUCUACUUAUCAGAAAUGAAGUAUUUCUUACAGUCUAAGAGCAGAAAAAUGCUACAGUAGUUAAUAACUGUAGGAGUAGGACUCCAGCACUAGCGGCUUAAUAAUAAUAUAUCAUAAUAGUAAAAUAAGCCUGUCAGAAGUUUUAAAUUUGCUUUCGCAUGAAAAAUAAACUCCUAAAGCAAACAGAGCGACAAAUUCACACUAGAUUUCUGCAGCAGUAUAUGUAUGGUGAGGUAAAAAAAAACAAAGCAAAGCCAAAAGAGUAAAUGUUAUACUUAAAACAGUGUACAAUGGCUACAAUUUGAGAAACAAGCUGAAACUGAUAAUGAUACCUUUUUAUGACUCUCAAAAAGCAAAGGAGCCCAUUAUUAACAGCUUCUCGGUUAUUUCUUAUAUCUGAGACCGCUGUAAGGAAAUGAACUUUGUUGUACUUUUUAUAACAAAUAGUCACAUUUCAGCAUUAAAGACAGCAGGGUAAGUCUCUUUUUCUGAAAACACUACAGUCUAAGGUAUAGGAGGUAACAGAAACCAAAAGUUCCUUACUUAAAGGGAAAGAAAAAAGAUGAGAUUUUGAGAAUAAAGUUGCUAUGUUAUAAGGAUUAAGUCACGAUGUUACAAGAAAAUAAGUUGCUAACGAUUAGCAUGUCUGUUACAGGGGGUGCAUCUGAUACAGUAAUAGCCUGUAAGUAACUGGUCCCCAGUAGGGGGCAGUAAUGGCCCUCUGAGGGACGAUGAAACAUAAACUGACAUAAAUCCAAAAGAAAUGUUACAGCUGGUAUGUCUUUGGGUUUUCUGAUUAAAAAUGUCUAACCGUUCCUUUUUACUGUUUUUAUUCAGUUCCAAAAUAACAGAUAUACUAUAAGUACUGCAUAAGCACAGUUUGACCAUGCAGCAAGUUAAGAUAUUGCCUUUAAUAUCAGGAUAACAUCUUUAUUGGGAUGUUCUUUGGCCACAAUGAUUGUGAGGGGGAUAUUAAAUCUGAAACAGAUCCUGAUACCAUCAUUAUAUUUAAUUUUCUAAGCUGAUUGUUUAUUAUUUAUACAAUCAGCCAAAAAAGCUCAUUUGAAACUGCAUUUAAUUACAGAUAGAGUUAUCCGUAUCUACCUCUGGAGGCGUAAACUGAAGUAUUAAUAAGUGAGUACUGUGCAAGUUUAUCUACAGUAAAUGUAAACACUGUAAAAAAGCAUGUAUUCAAUGUAGUCAAUUUAACAAGAUGUUUAAUGUUAAGUAACUGGUCCCCAGUAGGGGGCAGUAAUGGUUUUAAACGCUGCCAGAAAAUGGAGGGAAGAUGAGGAAGAAGCAGACAGAGUGGGACAGCACAGUGAGUUUGUAUCUGAGUGUCUGUGUGUGCAGAUCCCCUGCUGUGUGUUAACGAGCAAAUAACUUUUGCAGUUCCCAACAUCGUAAUGCGAUGUGUAAUCACACACUGCAGACACCGAUACAACUCCGUCUUGGGGUGUAGUGUGUAGCAGUGAAUAUAAGAAGCUAUAGUUGAUUUCUAUAACAAUGCACACAAGAUAUAGAAAACACAUCAGCCUGCGAUGUGAGAUGAGGUGACAGAUAAUCACCAGAGACAGCUGGCAUCAUCCUCUGGGGACCAUGAGUGUCAGCACUUGUGUUAUUUGUCAGUAUGAAGUGCAGUAUUUGACAGCUUGAUUGACAGGUCAACUUUGCAUUUCACAGUGUGAGCGUGGCAGCACUCCAACCAGGUUCAAAGUCACUUUACAGCUCAUUUACUACAUCUCCCUCUUAUGCACCUUGUGACACCGCUCCUCACUUCAGCAAAAAGUAAAACUUCAGAAACAUUUAAGUAUCAGAGAGACUCACACUUAUUAAAUAUUUACACACAGCAUGCAGAGAGGCAUUUUUAAACACAGUCACUCAAGCUUUGGCCAUCCAAAUCCCCGUGGAAAGAGAUCCCUCAUUUCUCAGUGGGUUUUUGAAGUAACUGCACUGCUUCAGGCGGGCACAACAGAGACCUGACCUAAAAACAGCGGGGACGAGGGCAGAGGAAGCCAUUUCCCAGCAGCACACUGCGACAGUGAUUUAACACAGGCAACAUCAGAGAGAGAGAGAGAGAGAGGAGCUCCAAAAAAAAGUGUUGUGUCACCUCGUCUCUGGACAAGCUCCUGCGACUAAAAUGACAAAAGGCGUCUCGAUGUGAAGCCAAUGCAUCGUCCACAGCUGUAUCUGUUUCCGCUAAUGGAGAACGACGGGAGCGCUGUCCUUGUCCCGCAGAAAAAUCAUCAAAGCUGCGAAUGUUUCACACUUUUAUCCACGUGGGAAUGAUUGUUGUGCAUCCAGAGUUAUAAAUUGUUGAAUUUUCUCCUGGCAAGGUUGAUUGUGAAACCGUAGCCAGACUGAGCGCAUUAAUUAUCGUUAAAGUGAGUGCUUUUUAUGAUGCUUUAAUUCAAGGUUUACACUGAUAAUAGCUGACUUGACUGCAGAGCUGCCACAUGUGCCAAAUUGACGCCACAGAGUGUAAUAUUUCUGAAGCUUGAGGCCGCCGACCGAGCUAAUGCAUCUGAAGAGUUUGGGAGUGAAAGAGUUGGCAGUAUACUACUUUAUCUGCUGCAGUUCAAACUCUCGCCGUGGUGCUGCAUUCUGGGAGUUUUCCCCCGCUUUCAAUCACUCUUCUUCUACCAGCUGUUACCCGCCUGCAUCUGCUUUUUUGUACUUUGGGGAUUUGGGAGCUCCCUGUUGGUGCCUUAUGCUCGAUGCAGGUACAUAAAGAACACACCUGUAGGCUAAAAACAGAGGAUAUAUACAGUUUAAAGUUUAAAAAAUUGAGAAAGUAUAGGGCUUUCCUAGCUUUCAGAUAUUCCAUAUUUUGUGCUUUUUCAUCUGAAGGUUCAGUAAGGUCAGAAAGUUCCUCAAGCUUUGCAGCAAACAAAUCCUCCUCACUGUCUUCUCUGCAGCACAGUAUCUCAAAACAGUGGGCUGUCAAACAGUCGCUCAAGUCUUAUGGAAAUUACUCCGCCACGCAACUUCACCUUAUCUCAAAGCCUGGGGUUAGGGUUUGAUGCUGCGACCUAAUUUCCCCUCUCUCUCAAAAUCCUUUUCAACAAACGCCAGAAGAAGCCAAGCGCUAAAACCUGUCUCUUUUUUUCCCUCCGACCUCCACAGAUGGAGCGCCACCCGAGCCCCCCAUCUUCAACGAGCUGUGCGCCCAGAAGGAAGAUCCGGGGCCCUGCAAGGCCAUCAAGGAGAGAUACUUCUUCAAUACUGAGACGGGGAACUGCGAGCGGUUCGAGUACGGAGGCUGCGCGGGGAACGACAACAAUUUCCACACGCUGGAAGCUUGCGAGGAGACGUGUGUCGUCUCAGGUGAGCGUGAUCCUCCGUCUGACAACUUUAAAAACACGUUUCGAGGAAUUCAACUUGACACCUCCACUUGAAGUAAACAGAAAAAGAGAGGAAAGUGAUUUUUAUGUCUUGAAAAACAGCUCAGGACAAAGAUACAUUACCACUUUACAUUGUUUUGUUGUUGCUAGCGAAUGAUAGGUUUUGUUUCCAAGGACUGCUGUUCCUCAUUAGACUUUAUUGCCACCUUGGGCAUAAAAUCCUAUUACAAAGUCAUUCUGUUGUUAUGCAGCUAAAAUGGAACAUCGCCAACACAUUAAUUCUCAACUGUGUUCCUUCAGGCGUCUACUUAAUGGAAAAAUAUGGCACUUUUAAGGGAGGAGGCCACUGUGGUGUUGUUUGUUGGCUUCACAUACUAAACUGGUGAUAGAGUGAAGUUGUUAAACAGUUGAUGAUGAUGAUGAUGAUGAAAAACAAUUUCCAAACUCUUUGAUUUUUCUGAUUCUCGCGUCUUUUGUCUGAAAAUUUAAAAUCGUCUAAAACUGACCGUGUUGCCUAAUCCGAAUUUUAAAGCGAGCUCAUAACAGAUUCAGGCGCUUUAAGCCCUGAGGCGGAGGUCAGCGAGGGGGAAGCUACUUUGAUAUCUGGAUUUUUUUUUCCGAACUACCAAAAACUUUAUACUGAAAAAAAUCUGAACCAAAGUGAAGCAGCCAGAGGGAGAAUAACAGUUUGGUAAACUUUUUCUUCUCUCUGUAAGAAGUAUGAACUUUUUAAUGAAGAAUAAUAAAUCAGGGGAGAAAGAAUCUAUCCAGACUUUUAAAUUAUGUCAGAAAAUCGGAGGUUUUGUCCUCGAUAUUUUACUCAGGGGUUGUUUUUUUUUGUUAUGGUUUGGCAGGAGUGUGUCCAGAGGGGUAGUCAGGGGAGGCACUGCCCUGUGCAAGACUAUUAAAAACACUUCUUUGGGAUGUUUUCACAGACUGGUCAUAUCUUUCUUUGUUUUGAUGUUGCCCUACUGACACUUUCUCUCCCCCUAGUGGACACUUGAUGUAAUGUAUGUUUUGUAAAGUGUAAUUUCCUCAGUUUAGAAGGGCAGCUUAAAGUUUGUUUGCAAACCACUGAUCUCCUUUUAUAAAGCCUUGGAGUUGAUAUAAUAGAUGGACUGAUUAAUCAGGUUGAUUUAUGGUUUAUAAUCAGUGUCAUAUCGGCGUGAUAUCGGCCCUCAUAAGACCGAUAUCACGGUUAUCUUUCCAAAUAAUAAAAGCAAUUUGAGAGGAUAUCAAAUCUAAACUACACAACUGACUAGUUAAAUAAGUUUAAUAUGAAUUAUGUUAUAUUAAAUAAUGAAGUUCGAUAAUAAUAAUAUUUGCCUUGUUGUAUUUUAUUAUAUUGAAAAAAAUGUGAUAUUGGCAUAAUAUACAUCAGCCAGCCUGCUCUCCCAUUGUCAGUAUUGGCCUUUGAAAAACUGAUAUCUGUCGACAGUCGACCACUAGCUGAUAAGACCAUUAGUUGGCGGCAGGUUUAUCUGAUUAAACUGAUGAUUUAUGGAGAAAGUUUCAACAAAUAUACGACAGAGAAGAAGCAGACUGCUGACAAUGAAACAUAAACCGACAUAAAUCUAAAGGAAAUGUUACAGCUGGUACGUUUUUGGGUUUAUUGUUUAAAAAUGUGUAUAUUCUAACUAUUUUUAUACAAUUCCAGAUUUACAGACAACUUUUAAGUAGUGUACUUCAAAAUAAAAGCAUAGUUUGACCAUGCAGGAAGUGAAGACAUUGACUCUAACAUCAGGAUAAUAUCUUUAUUCUGACGUUCUUUGGCCACAGUGAUUGAGAGGUUGAAAUAUUUCGUCUGAGACAGAUCCCACUACUGUCAUUAUAUUUCAUUUACUAAGCUAAUUGUAUAUUAUUUGCGCUUUGGCAAUAUUGUCCUGACUAAAACUAAUUUGAAAUUGCAUUUAAUCACAGAUACAGUUAUCAAAGCCUAAACUGAGUUAUUAAUAAGUGAGUACUGUGCAAGUUUAUCCUGAUAUAAACUCUGAAAAUGCAUCAAUUCAAUCAAGUGUUUAUUAAAAAGUCAGAUACUUGGUGUCAGUCUUGUUUGGAGAGUGAACCCUGUGUCGCAUGUAUAUUCAUGUGUAUUCAAAUAUGCUCACUGAGAGCCACAGUGUAGUUCAAACUUUUCUUUCUUUGUUUAUUUGGACUGACUGUGAAAUCCGAGAUGGUACUUCUCACUUCGAUCUGAUGCCUCUGAACAUCAUAAAAGCUCCUGUGAAUGACUAAAAGUGUCUGGUCAGGGGUCAACAAGCGUGUUUGUCAACGUGAUUAAAAGAUGGAAUUUAAAGCAGGAUUUUUAACAUCGUUUUUAGUCACUAAGAGUAAAAAUGAUGGUUUGGACUUGAGCGCAGGUAUAUAUUGUGCCCCUCUUCACCCUCCACUUAACUUUUCCCGAUUAUAUCUCAGAUGUAUCAUCAAAAUUCUAGCCAGCGCUGCAACGAUUCGACCUUUCACCUCUGGCAUUUGUAUUUAUCCAAAGUGAGAGGAGUUGGUUUUACUCUCCAAGCACUUCAGGUGAGUUGAGUGAUGCAGAGAGAGAUGAAUAGGAAGCAAAUAAAAGACUGUACAGCCACCCAAAGAAAACAGGAGAGAGGUUGAAAAACACCUUUCUUGUUGUACAACAGCUGCACAGAGUGUGUAAUGGGAUCUGUCAUCUGCAGCAGGGAAACAAUACAUCUUUAAUUCUCAGCUCAACAUGAAAUAUGCCCUCACAUACACCGCCAUAACACAUCUAUCAAUGUAUCUCUAUGGCGUGUUAUUCUGUGCUGUGACAAAGUGCCUUCUCCCACUGGCAAAGAAUAACCUUCACCUCUUUAUUGCACGCCAUGGGAUUCAUUAUGCAGUCAGACAAGGAGAUCAGAAAUGAAUUAGCAUCCUGAAGGCACUGACGUGUGCAUGCUAGGCAUCCAUUUUUAGUCUUUUUUUUUUUCUAUUCACGUAUGAACAGAUCGGCACUUCAAGGACCGGCAUGGAGGGGGUUCAAUUAUUCAAGUACAGUAUCACAUAUUAAAACUGCCCCCUCUGUGUGCUGUUUUCUGAUUUAAAAGAGGGUAUUUUAAGAUGACAUUUAAAGGGCGAAAUCAAAUCUACUUUUAUGAGCUCCCAGUUGAACAAAAACGACUCGUUUUUCAAACCUGCGAGGACGAGGCAUUCAUCAAGAACACCAGUGCGAGUAAUACUGCAGGUACAUAAAUCUGCUCCAUACUUCUCUUAGACACCUGUGUUAGUUCACCGGCGAGCCCUAACCUGAAGUGUGAUAUAAUAUGAUAACAGAAGAGGAAGACAGACUCGUUCUGUGUGAGCUCGCCGUCCAAAGAGGCGUUGUGGUGAGUGACCAGCCCAAGCUUCGUCGUGUGCUUGGUUUUUAUAUGUUUGGUUCAUUUCAGGAACAUGACAAGGUCAUGACUGGUUUCCUUUAGGUGCGUUUCGAGUGUGCCGAAAACAUUUUACCUUUGCAAUGGUUUCGGCUAAGGCUGAAAGGAUCCCUUGAGUUCCUUGGUUACAAAAAAUGAUCAAGGAAUUUUCGAGUACUUGAAUACUUGUUUAUGAGCUCAAAUCGUCACUGUUUCGCACUGAUUAUUUUCAAGGUGACACAACACGCUUUCGUCACCAUGGUAGAAGGAGGAGUAAGCGUGUUUUUGGUUAAACAAAUGAACAAUUAGAGGGGCUUUUCCUCUGCAGAGCUCCAGUCGCUCAUUAGCAUUUCGCCUCUGAGUCGUUGGCGGAGACAGCGCUGCUCUGCACACUCCUCUUCAUGCUAGCUUGUAGCCUAACAUUGUCGGUGUAGUAGCAGAAGCAGGUAACAGAAGCAUUGCAAUCUGUUAACGCACACGCUUGUUUCGCAAUUGUCCUCUAUUUUACCGAGUCUGGCCUUCAUAGUGGGGCCCCGGGGUUGGAGCUUAGAUUUGUGACAUAGGAAAUCUCACUGUAUGUGAGUCUGAUCACUUGAGUAAACGAUAGGAUAUUCGGUAGAAUACUCGAUUACUAAAAUAGUCCAUAGCUGCAUCCCUAGUUUCAGGAGAGACUUGCUUUUAGUUUGUGUCAACUUUGGCGCCCCCUGUGGACAAAGCAGUCCAAGCUAAUCUUGUCCCCUGUACGCCUAAGUCAUGAUUCCUCACUCUUCUUAUUAUUAACAGUUAAAUGUGGCAUUUAUUGUGAAUAUGCAUGUCACUGAUGGUCUUGUUGAAGUAUAAGCAGAUUUCAUGGUUGUGCGUUGAACCCUAUUUUUAGGUUGCAUGGAUAGGACACCAUGAACAUGCGUGAGUGACAAUGAGGUGUUAUGCUUUCCUGUGUCUAAUCUCACACAGAGUCUUCAUGUUGUGCUUCUGCUGAUAUGUUUCCACUUGAGUGAAUUAAUGAAGCCGUGAGUUCUUACAAGCACGCUGCCUCCUCUUUGUAACAGGUUGGCUGUUUUUGCCUGUUCAGUCAGCCACGAGCUGAAAAAAACCCACACAGCGAAGUUUGAGAUUGUUUGGAUGCUGCUCCGCUCCAAACUUUGCACUUAGUGUCGCGUUUCUUAAUUUUUGAUGACUUGGAUGUCUCAGAUGGAGCUCCACCAGAGAUGAGAACAGGUCAUGCACAGAUUGACAGGAGCUGGAGAAGCAACAAGGUGGCGAAGACUAUCGGUUUAGUUUUUAUCCGAUCACUUAGCCAUGUUAAUGUGUUUGAUAUUUACAGUCCUUACAUGUGCCUCACUUCUACAUACUCUUCGUCGAUGGACGCUCUGAGGAGGUUUUUUCUUAUUUUACAUCUACAGACUUUUAAAACCGCCGUCACAUAUCUUCUACAGUCGGGCUGAUUGAAUCUGUGACAUUUGAAAUCCCUGAAAAAGGACACACAGCAGAAACUGCUGGCUGACACGCUCUUAUUUAGUAUUUUCCCCCAAUCCAUUAAGUCUAGAACACAACGUCAAAGCCACAGACAACCCCACAGCAAUGUUAUUUGAGGUCAUAAACCACAGUGGGAAAAACACUGCAGCUCCCUGUCUGAGAUCCUUCUUAUCACCGAGUUUGGUGAUGACUCUGUCUUCUCUGUUCUGGUGUUUUACUGAAACCCAGUGAGUCAUAAUCAUCGUGUCCCAAACUCAUCUUUUAGCCUGAUGUCCCUCCUACAGCUCAGCCUGAAGAGGUCACAGACAAACACCGUGUUUCUCGGUGACAGCCGCCUUUUUCUGUCUCUAUAGCUUCUCUUGACCCAAUCUGCCAGCACAGAUUGUCCAAAUAAGAGACAGAGAGAGGGAAAGACAACCAAACAGCACAAAAUUUAAGUUCCCACUCAGAUGUGAAAUUUUCUGUUUUUCAUUUUCAGACAAAUCAAUCAUUUGGACAGAAAAACACCAAUCCAGUUCUCAAUUAUCAUCAGAGCAUCAAUCAAGUCUAUUAAUCAUUUUAGUCACACCAGACCAUCAAAACACUUUUUUUCACAGCGUGCAAAUGUCAAAUAACGUGUCAGUGUAAGAUGGGAAGUCUAAUAACGUGAAUGAAACUCAGAAAAUAUCAUUUAUUCUGAUUCAUGAGCAGCUAGAUUGGCAAAAAAAGACAAUUUUGAAGGGACACCUGCUGAAUGCCACUAAAAGACACUGACAGAGCUGUUUUAAAGGCACAAACCGCACUUAAAAACCAAAAACCAUCAGGAAUAAAUGCCUACAGGACACUUAUUCAUGCUGUCUUUACUGGAAGAGCAAUCAGAGGGCACUUUUACUUUUCUCACACUAAAGAGGCAACUUUAAGUCACUUUGUUUACAUAUAUUCACUGAAACAAUUCCCAGAGGGUACUUUGUUUACACUAAAAGGGCAAAUGUAAGGCACUGUAUUCACUUUCUUUACACUGACAGAGCAACUUGAGGCCACUUUGUUUACAUAGAUCCACUGAUUGAGUUCCCAGAGGCCACUUUUUUCACAUCUUAUACUCUACAAGGUAAGCCAGAGGGCACUUUGUUUACACUAAAAGAGCAAAUGUAAGGUACUGUCUUUACUUUCCUUAGAAUGACAGAGAAAUUUGAAGCCACUUUGUUUACAUAUAAUCUACUGAAUGAGUUCCCAGAAGGCACUUUGUUGACAAUUUAUAUAUUCAAGGAGUUCACAGAAUCCACUUUGUUUACAUUUUAUACACUGCAAGGAAGCCAGAUGGUACUUUGUUUACUUUACACCAAAGUGGCAACUUGAACUCACUUUGUUUACAUAUAUCUACUGAAACAGUACCUGGAGGGCACUUUAUUGACAAUUUAUACAUUCAAUGAGUUCCCAGAGGGCACUUUGUUUACACUAAAAGAGCAAAUGUAAGGCACUGUAUUCACUCUUUACAUUGACAGAGCAACUUGAAGUCACUUUGUUUAUAUAUACUCCACUGAAAGAGUUCCCAGAGGGCACUUUGUUGACAAUUUCCUUGAGAAAAGCUCCAGAGGGGGAAUUUCUUUACAUUUUAUACACUUAAAGAGCAAAUGAAAGGCGCUGUGCUUACUUUGCUUACACUGGAGGGGCAACUUACUGAAUGUAGUUUAUUUACCACCAGAGGGGAGUUUGUGUACAUUAUGUACACUGGUAGGGCAUCGAGUAAGCCUUUUUUAUGUUAAUGUACCAGAGAGGGUCCUUUUACAAGGUUUUAUCUACUGCAAAGUCAAUGAAAUUUCUCAUCUCUUCUGUUUUUAGUUUCUCUUUUUGCUUUUCAGUCAGGACUCAAAGAUGUAACUGAUUGUUUAAAAUUGCCCACGCUCACUUGGCUUAUGAACAUCAUAUCAAAAUAAUACAGUAUAAAUAAACAUACAGUAUAUUCAUGGAUAAGUCAUGCUGGGGUCAUGCUGACAGAGUGAGAAAAUGAGCUGUGGUUUGCUUGUUUUGACCUACAGGGCUCUUUACUGCCUACCUCGGGUUCGAGGGCAGAUUUUUUUUUCUCUGGAUGAUACUUAAUGGAAAUAAAAUGGAUUUGUUUGGAUAAGUGUUGAAGCUGACUCGACUCCUCGGGUCAGUUUCUUUCUCAGUGAUUGGAUUACCUCCGUCUCCAUGCAGUGGUAACAUCUAUCCUUAUGCUUGAGUUCACUUAUUUUGCCAAAUUUCAUCUCCAUCUGUUAAAAGCUGUCUUUUUCUUCCACUCGGGGCCCCGACUAAGGAGGGUGUCAGCAAUUUUAGAGCUACAUCCAAAAAGUUUCCAAUGAAAUAAAGUGGGGACUCGACAUGGUGCAUUGUCUGAACUCAUCUCUUUUUGUCUCAGGGUUUAUAAGUAGCCCAGAGUAUAACAGCGAGCCUGAAAAUGUGUGUUUUAUCACACCCAAAGCAGCAGUCAUCUGAGGCCAUCCUAAAUGUUUAGCUCUGUUUUGCUGAAGUAUUGAGUUGCUCAUUGGAGAGCAGCCAGGACUCUCUGGAACAAUGCUCUGUACAACUCCAGCACUCGAAAACAAUUGACCGAUAACUCUCCUUAAAAUCACAGAUCCACUCGUCCACCUUCGCCGCUCUGAUAGAGAACUCUCGUCCUGAAUUAUUCAUUAGCGGUGUGGAGAGUGUGCUUGACUGCCCUUUGACACUUGUAUAUGCCCACGCUUUACAGUCAAAGUCACCUUUUUAAACGUAUUCAGAUGGUACAGUGAUAGCGUUUAAUCGUGGUCACCCUUCAGUAGAUUGUGGUUAUCCUAAGACUGAACAGAUAAACCCAACAGAGAGUGUGUAGCAGGAGUGAAACCCCGUCUUCGUACUGCAUUAGAAGUCCUCAAGCGUUCGACUUUGAUACGAGUACAAGUACAGACAGAAUCCUCAGCUGUUCUUACACUUGUUUACCGACUUAUAAUUAUCUAAUCAAUCAAUCUUUAUUUAUAUAGAGCCAAUUCUCAAGACGCUCAACAAAAAAGCUCGAUUUACGAUGUGAAGAUGGGAUCAGACCGAGCCUCGUCCUAGCCCAUCUUUAGAGUUCAUUUUGCUGCAUUUAUGAAGUUACAGUGAAGAGGAAGAACUUCUUUUAACAGGUAAAAACCUCGAGCAGAAUCAGACUCGCUCCAAAUUUCCACGGCACACGAACGGCUCGAGCUGUAAGGCCAGACUCUCGAUUUACCGGUCGAUCUACAUGCCGAUCCUCACCUAUGGUCAUGAACUUUGGGUAAUGACCAAAAAAACGAGAUCACGGAUACAAGCGGCCGAAAUGGGUUUCCUCCGCAUGGUGGUCAGGCUCAGCCUUAGAGAUAGGGUAAGGAGCUCGGACACUUGGGAGGCGCUCAGAGUAGAACCGCUGCUCCUCCACGUCGAGAGGAGUCAGCUGAGGUGGUUCGGGCAUCUAGUUAGGACGCCUUCUGGACGCCUCCUGUUAGAGGUGUUCCGGACAUGUCCCACUGGGAGGAGACCUUGUGGCCGGCCCAGGAUCAGGUGGAGGGAUUAUAUCUCUUGCCUGGCCUGGGAGCACCUGGAGGAGCUGGUGGAAGUGGCUGAGGUUAGGGCCGUCUGGACUUUCCUCCUGAGGCUGCUGCCCCCACGACCCGGACCCAGAUAAGCAGAGGAAAAUGAUGACAACGACAAACGGCUCCACUGCAGAAUGGCAACGAUUUUCGCCUUUCGCCAACUGAUGCGUCUGUGAGGCGAUUUUCGUGGCAGAUUUCGAACAGCAGGAAUCGUUAGAACUCACAGGAUUCUGCAGAUUUUCAUGCAAUGGCAUGAUAACCAGUUGUGUCUAUAAAGACAGCCACAUAACCAUAUAAGCAGUAGAUUGUGUCUUUCCAGAGGAGAAAAUCUACUUCUAGACUCUAGAAUCAGCAUCUCCUCAUUCAUGGUGUCAUCGGGGUGAAAUGCUGUCUGAAAACCUUUGACUUGUCCGUCCCCGCCCACAUUUGCACAGUGUGAUCCGCCUGAAACAAAGCCAGAUGUUUUAUUUUGUGUCUGUGCCGGACUUCCUUUCCAGCACGGGUUGAUCUGUGCUAAUUUAUAUGGCAUACUGCGAAAAAUAGAAACCUGGUAAUCUGGUACGAAGCUAGCUGAACCGCUGGGGGCGGAAAGAAGACGGUGGAAACUGACAUGUUAACUUGAAUGGAAACUAUCAGUGGGGAUCGGCGCUUAUGGCCUUUUCGCCACUGUUCUGCGUGCGAAAUUGGGCUGCUGAGACUGCUCUGGGUUUACAGAGGGGAUAGAGGGAGAAGCGACUUAAGGUAUUUCAGCAAACAAAAGCCGAUCAUCAGUUCCCUAACAAAACAGUUCACCAAAAGAAACAUCUGUCGAGCUGUUAUUUCAGAUCUCACUUCAUGCUCUUUCUGUCGGGAAGCAGAGGUGGGUUCUCUCAUUUACCUGGGCAUCAGGUGCAGCAGCAGUACAGAGAAAUUGAUGUAGGUCAAAAGGCCUUCAAGAAGUCAAAGUGUUACCGGUUUUCUCCUCAGGCAAUCUGAGGAAAAUUCGACCGCACAUGAAAAAUCUGUCAAUAUGUUACCUAACCUUUGGUGUUGAGGUUUGAGCGUAUUUAAUCUUGUGUUUCCCUCCUGAAGAGAGUGGGCAGAUGUCAGAUGAUUAAGAAGUGUAAACUUCAGCUGAGCUCACUCUUACAGGCAGCUAUCACACCUGGUAGCCCUUUCAUUUCGUGUGUUUGCAUUCGUCUCUGCUGUGCUUGACCCGGACUUUCGUUAAAGGUCGAGGAGAGAGUUUGCGGCUUCAUGGAGGAACUGCCAUCGAAGAAGACAAACCUUUCUUUUUUCUGGGUUACAUUCUGCAUAACUUAAACAUGUGAGACAUUUACAGCAUCCCUGUCUGGCAAAGUCGCUGUUAGCAAACGUCACCGGCACACAGGUGUUCGAAAUGAAGCACUGCUCUGUGAUUCCCCACAAGUCGUUUCUACGGCGACUGGAGACAGACGAGUUUGUUCCUGUUGUGUUUUCAAGUGGCACACCUGUGUCGGGUAAUGACUUGAUCAUUUCUUUGUGAAGAUUGGUUUUUUGCCGUAGGUUUGUUCCGUAUUAAAUCUGCAACAGUUUUCAAAAACAAGAAAAUCAACUCCACUUUGAGGGUUUUUUCGCCUCCCCGUCGACAAAGACGUUUUCUAAGAGGCUCAAAAUUACAGAUAACAUGCUCGGUCUUUACGCAGCAGUAACUAAUAUUCCUUUAAGAUGUAUUUAAUAACACCCACUGCUGUGUCGAGUGGGUCUUCACGUUUCCUUCUCUCACCUUUGCUUCGAGGUCAAACAUUUAUUCUUCUUCUGCUGUUUCUUUGACUUAACAUGAUUUUUUAAAAACUGUCUUGAGUGUUGCAACAACGAAGCAAACCAAAACUUAUUUUUUUUAAUUUUGUUUUCAAUGCUUGGUCUCCAAAAGCAUCUUCAAUUGAUUCCUUAUUUCAUUCUCUUAAUCCAUCUUAAAUUUUUACAUGGAUACUGCAAAUAAAAUUUCUUUUUUUUGCACCAUCUCUACAAAUCAAAGUCUUGGCUCAUGGUUCAAGAUGUUUAUUUCUAGUAUUUGUUGAUUAAAACUCCAUAUUUAUAGAGAAAAAAAAGCCGAAUAAUGUUUCUGCAAACGGGAAAAAAGUCUCAUUUGUGCUUUUAUGACAAAAUAAUUGAGUGUAACACCACCAGACCUUCCACUUUGCUUUGAUUUAAAGGGUUUAUAAGUGUUUAACUGCCAUAUUUCUGAUGAAUAAAUCAUUAUCCAUCUGUGUGGGGAGCCGUACAGCCCAUAACGCUCACUAUGGCUGGACGCACUCUGAUGUCGUUGAUCAUUCAGUCACAGCCUGUCAGCUCGCACCUGUCCGUCUCUGGUGAAAAUCAAGUCUUUUGAAAUCAGACCCAGUCCACUGGAAGUGAUGCAUUUCACACCGGGGUAGUGAUUGUUCCUGAGACGAAUCAAGCGUGAGCCUGUCAGGUGACGGUUUGGUAAUAUAAACAGCAGGUCGACAACUACGCCGUUGUUCCUGCCGCUGUUUUUUACAGGCUGUACAAAGUUCAGAUGUUUACUUUUGAUUUUUUUUUUCCAAGCAUAAAUAUUAGAUUACCUGAUGUUACAACAACCAAACGUAAUAAAAGAUGCAGGUUGAAGAUGCACCUUAGUCUGAGACCCUGAUCCCUAUUCUGCGAGACUCAGAUGUUAUAAUAAAUGCAACAGCCGGUAAGAAGUGAGACGUGAGGAGUGAGAGCUGAGGUAAGAGGUGGAAAAGAACAGAAAGCAGAGAAGGAGAACAUUUCCGGGGAUGUGAUGUGGAUGAGUGAGGACAGGCUGAGGGUAUUAGGACCUGUUCUUACAGGGAGUGUUGACUUUCAGCCCGAGAGGAUCUGAGACCUGACAGAAGUGAGAAUGUCACAGUACUGCUGGGGACACGGAGUGGGCUGGCUGUGACACAGAGGCUGGGGAUUGUGAUGUUAAGGCCUGAACUCGUACUGUAAACUCUAUACUGUUUGACUUUCUGUUAGGACACGUUUCACUGAACGUAUUUGAUUGACUUCUGAUCUGACACCCGUCUACUUUGGCUUCCAACAUCCCCAUAUAGGGCUGGACGAUAUGGCCUCAAAUCAAUAUCACGAUAUAUUGAUCAGUUCACCUCGAUAACAAUAAAUGGACGAUAACUACUCCACAAACUGCUCACCCCCUCCCACAUUAACUUCGUCUACUUCAGACACCACAACUUUUGAACCGUCCUCCAUGUCCUUACCUGUCUUUCUCUCUUUGUUACGGACUGGAUGGGGUGGAGUCACGUCUCCGAUGUAGGACAGCGUCUUAAAGGGACAUGAGACCAUAGCCCACGUACAUACAUCCAAAACCAACUUUUAUUUUUUAUUUAUUUAUUUUUUACUCCAAAUAUACCGAUACGGGCAAAAUGAUGUAGGUUAUUGUCGUAAAUUUUGGUUUCGGUAAAUUUUCGGUUUAUCGCCCAGCCCUACCCCCUCAAUAUAUAUUUACUUUUCGUAUACAACUUGUGAGUGCAGCUCUGUCUAAUGAUUAAAGACCCUCUGAGGUGACGAUUGAUGCGUAUUUCCAUGAUAUAACACCACAGUCGUCAAUUUUUCUUUCUUGAAUUUACUUAGAGGUUUAUUUUGCAUAACAAAACAAUACUUUUUACAAAUAAUAAUAAGGAAACCGAGACCCAAUGUAAACAAGGUCAAAAACUAUUGUACUCUCAAAGACCCACAGCUGCAUUUAUUACCCAAGAAAAACCCUCAGGUCAUAUUACAUGUCUCCACCAAUAGGAGAGCUGCAGUCGUAAUCGGCUUCAAUUAAACUUUAAAGUAAAACUACACAACCGUUCAGUCUAAUCAGGAUAAAUAACAAAAAUUUUUGAUUAUCUGUCAAAUUAUCAGUAGUACAUAAAUAACUCUAACACAACUGUUUGCUUUAUUUUCAUGACAUUGACAUAAUGGAGGAGAAAAGUUCAUGAAAUGCAGCGACAGCCACAUCCAGGAAUCUCAAAAAAACAUUAAAAAUGAUAUAUCAGAGCACGACUCUGUGAAAGUUCAUCCUUUUUUCUUGUUUUGUUUCAUUAUUGCUCCCUAUAAGAAAGUCAAUUUCACAGUCAAUAGAGCUUUUAAGCUCAGACAAACUGGCAAAUAUGAAAAGUAUCGACGAUCAAUACGAGAAAGUAGAGAAGACGGUUUGUAACAUGAGACAAAGAGACAGUCUGUUAGAGCGGAGACCAUCCUAUAAGCCGUCGCACAAACACGCAGAUACGUGGUUAAAGAAUUAAACUGACAGAAUUUACACUUUCUUGUUUUUCAGCCGAUAAGGACCCUUGUCAUCUCCCCGAAGCCCCUGGUCCCUGCAGAGGGCUGGUGACACGCUACUUCUUCGACACGACAACCCAGGCGUGCAUGCGUUUCUUUUACGGAGGCUGUUACGGCAACGCAAACAACUUCAGGAGCAUGGAUGAGUGCCAGAGCAGGUGCCAGAAUCCAGGUGAGCCCGGUUCAGACGCAGACAACUGAGUCAAAACUGCACUGCUAGUUUUUUUAGUUAAACAGCUGAUUCAAAUGGCAAAGAGAGCAACAAGAAACACACUUUAAUUGUACGUUUCCUAAUAAGCCCAAACAGAUAUAAUUAUCACCACUCAUGCAUUUAACUUGGAGCAAUAUGCACAGAAUAAUUUAUCCACCUAUGCGAAGGUGAUUACAGUCGCUGCACAACAAAUAAAAACUCAUUUCAGAGCGGUGACACGAUCAAAAUAACUCCACCUCAGGAAAAUUAACUUUCUGAUGAAUUUUAGCUGACCAUGAAAUCCCAUCGGUCCACGAUUCAGCAUUUAAAUCACUUUAAGUGGCCAAAGCGCAGCCAAUUAUGCCUGAGUUAGGCCGGACUUGGAAGUCAUUUAGAUACUGAAAUAGUCAAAGAAAAUAAGGUGGAGCUGCUGAGCUGUGAACCGUUCUGCUCGUGGCGCAUGUUGUAGAGAAAAUCAAUUGGAAAAGCUUUGUGUGAAUUCUCAUUUAUGGGUAACAACUUCAGAUGGAUGACCGUGUCUGCUUUCAUUAGCAGAUUAUAUCUGUUUGCAGACCAGCACUCUCUCUAGUCUGAUUCUAAUGAUAUUAAACCUCGAUUAAUGAUGAUCGAUCACUCAGGUUUAAUGAGAUCUGCUCUAAAUAUAGACCGAUCAAUUCAUGACGUCUUUUUUUUUUUUUUUUGUCAUUCACAGUGAAACCGACCAAAGCCCCAGAGGUCCACACUCAGCCCCCCAGAAGAGCCUUUGUGGUGCAGCCAACCGAAGUCGUUGGUAAGACUGAAUGUACAAACAUGAUAUCUGAUAUAAAGAAGCUGGUAUAAACCAAUAAACACAAACUGCACGGUCAGUUUCACUUACACAGGGAAGUAUAAUUACACUCUUGUCUCCUUAUAUGUCAGCCUCUUUGUUUCAAGUGGCUCAUCAAAGCAAAAACCUCCGAUCUUGAGAAAAGUGUAAACAAGUGCAGCUAGCUUCAAGUGUCCUCUUAAGGCUGGCUGCAAAAGCCAAAGAAUUCCCAUUAGGCUUCAUGUUAAAGCACAAUGAGGAGUAUUUAACUGAACCUCAGCAACAAGGAAGAGGAUUUACUACCCUUACGUGUCCACAGGGGGCGUCAAAACCAAGAUAAAACAAAAGGAUGAACCUUGCAGUAGCUUAAAAUGCCAGUUAAAUAUGGCGUCUGAUUUGAUGUUAUUGAGAUUUUGCAAUUAGCAGAGCUGAGUUGACUGACAGCUUAAAGCCCCGCCUCCACCUCUUCAUGUUUAGGUAGGGUGACCAUAUUCUGAAUCCCCAAAAAGAGGACACGACUACAUGGGGGCGGAGUCACAGAGUCACGUGUAGUUAAUUUUGAGAGUUUUUUGGAUCAGAUCGAGUGUCUUUAAGCACAAAAUCGAAACUUUCGUACAAAAUCCCGGACAUUUGAAGGAUUUUAUAAACUUCCCCAAACAAGACAGGAUAGCCCCCAAAACAGAGGACAUGUCCGGGUAAAAGAGGACGUACUGUCACCCUAGUUUAGGUUGAUCCAAAGUUAGCGAUGUAGCUGUUAGCACCCACCUGUCAUACAAAUAUGGUCCCUUCCCAAACUCAAGGUUAAACUAAUCUACAAACCAAGAGCAUACGUUACGAUCAGGUCUACGUUCACUCAGCUUGUGAUAGUAACUCACCAUGUUUUUAACAGUUUGAAUGACUGAUCCCUUAACUGUGUUUGUCUCUCAGAGGAAAUGCCUGCUAGUGAAGCUCUGGCACAAACGAACGACACAAAAGAAGAAGUCAAAGGUGAGAAAAUGUGACUGUGAAAGUGUUUGUAUCAACAGCUGUGAGGGAUCUGUGUUGGCAAAGUCAACAGAGACAAAAGAGGGCAAGAAAAAAACCUCCACCACUCAAACAACAUUAGCGCAGACCCGUUUUUGUAGUUCGCCACCCUUGAUCAGAGAGGACAAUAAACUCUGACAUGUUUUUUUUGCUCUAAAGAUGAACUGAAACCCUUUUUAUUAAAACCUCAAUUAAUAAAUUGCUGCUCGAGACGUAGAAGGCUGAGAGAAAGGCUCGUCAUGUUUAUUCAUCACGGAGAGCUGAGAGACUCCAAUGUGGUUCAAUCACAAAAAGAUGCAAACCCAGUCCAUUUCUGAAUCCGUGUCUGCUGUCAGUUACUAACGGGGAUGAAAUAAAACAGAAUGUCAAGGAGCAGCGAAGCAUUCAGAGGAGACAGUUUGCAAAAUUGCUUCUGUUAUAUGAGGCAAAGUGCAAGAACAGAGAGCAACAGUGUCUCCCUCACACAGCCCAACCCUCACUCAGCGCCACUUACUAAUUUUCAGAGUAUUGGGAGUGAAGGAGCAGACAUCAUAUUUGUCGUGCUUCAAGGCUCUCUUGUGGAGCACAGGCGGCCUUGUCUGCCUCCCUUGACUCCUCAGCUGAGUUAUAAUUUUAAGGAUUCAAUUUCAGUCUUGUCAGAAAUAUAGAGAGGAGAAGAAUCCAGAUGAGUAGUCACCUUCAGUAGCUCCGCUUGUUAACAGUUCUAUUUUUCCUGAAAGAGUUGGAUCAAAUUUUUAAAAAGUAUCUCAGAGGGAAAAAAGCUGGGAUGAAUAUCAAACUCAUUGAGUCACAAUAGAUCAUCCAGAACUUACAUUAACAAUAUAAGAAGCUAUAAAAUGAUGUAUUAAAGUCACAAAAAACAGACAUUUUCAUUUAGUAGUGGUUCAAAUCUAUAAUACAGCAUCAUUUGACCAAUGUGAUGUAGAAAUCUUAAAAUGAAAGACUGACAUCUUGUGGUUAUAAAGUGAAUUACACCUAAAGGGUCACUAGGAAAGCUGUCAUAUACUGUGGACAUCUGUAUUUCACAUGAUCCAAACACUACACUAAAGCAGGCCUUACAAAACAAAUGAAUAUAUGAAUUAAUUAAUUAAAAUUAAUCAAAUAAAUAAGAUUUAAUAGAAUUAAGAAGAGGUGAGAGAACAUAAAAUCCUUCAUUGUACCUUUAAUGUUAGUUUAACCUUCCUCGUAUUUUAGCUUUUACUACGCACCCACCAUAUUAAGGGUCGGUUUUGACCCGUGUCUUAAAUCAGCUGUAAAUUACACUAAAAACAAUUCUCUAUCAUCCAGUUUGGUUCUCAUCUCAAGGUUACCUUGUUAGGUUUCAUUAUCCAUGAAAAUAUUUCUACUCUAUGUUCACAGACAACUACAUUUUAUGCUCUUUCUGGAAGUGGGGAGGUUUUUAUUCAUUUAUUUGAGAGCAAAACUGUGGCUAAUUGAAUUAAAUCCUGCCCGCCUGCAUCGACAUUUACAGCCUCUGCUCGGCUGAUUACACUAAUUAGUGUCUAACCUGCUCCCUCUUUGCUAACUGAUCUAGAAUCAGAGAUCUACAGUCGUGCCUUUUCAAUAUCAGCCCCGAAAUUAUGGACCUCUCUUCCCCCUGAACUACUUAUUAUUAAUGACCUGGCAUUUUUUUAAACACAUCUUAAAACUCACCUAUUUAAACAGGCUUUUAAUAUCUAGUGCCUUUUGCCAUUUGCUAUUUGAUCGUUUCUGUGUUCUCUUACCUUUUUAUUGUCAUGAUAUCCUGAGACAUUUGUAUUUGUAUUUGUGUAUUUGAUCUGUGUAAAGCACUUUGUUCAACUUUCCGGAUGUUGUAAGGGGGUUAUAUACAUGAACGUUGUUAUUAUUAUUUUACCUGCCAUUGUGUCAGUCUGGAACACAUGCAGGGUAGCUUUCAAAGAAAAGAGGGUAGCGCAGGAAGCAUAAGAUGAAAGGUAACCAUUGGUUACAGCCUAAAUUUGAUGUUUAUUGUUGUGAUUAUUCACAGACUUGAAGCCCACAGAUCUGUGCUCCAUGCCUGUGGAGACUGGAGACUGUGACGGCGCGGAGAAGAGGUUUGCGUACAACCCCGGGACCAGGCGGUGCCACAUGUUUCGCUACAGCGGCUGCGGCGGGAACGAGAACAACUUCAGGAGUCGGAGGGAAUGUAGCAUCAAGUGUGCUCGGCGCAGAAAGAGUGUGUUCAUGCUUAAGGCCUGUGAAGCUUUAUCGCAUUUCUCGUAUUUAUCGUGUCCUAAUCUUGUCUCCUUCUGUGUCUUUACUUUCUUGCAGCUCAUGGGAGGAGGAUGAUCAGGAUAAGGAAGAAAAACUUGGACAUUAUUCAGCGCUCGGUCUGAACACUGUGCCUCAGCGUGGAGCCGCCUGUAUUUAUGUCUAUACUUAGUUUGUAGCUCUCCUUGAAUCUGUUGUUUGAAUUUCUGUGUGUACAAAAUCAUGGCAGGUGUAUUAGCCGAGUAAAUCAACAUUACAGUGACAAAAAACACAAUUGUUAGGCUGAUGAAACAGAUAUUUCAUGUGUCAAUGCUUUUGUAAGAUAAGUGUGUUUUUAUUUGAGAGGUCGUGACUUUAUAAUCAAACCAACAUUUUUGUUUUGUGAAGAAAACCAAAGUUGCAGGAGAGAUUUUUAGUUGUUGUUUUUGUUGUGUACAUAUAGUAUCCACAUGUAUUAAUCAAUGUAAGCCGCAGCAUUAGCAGAUUAAACCGACAAUCUCCAGCCCUGGAUCAAUGACAACAAUGUACAGAGUGUGCUACAGUAAACACAUUAAUCAGGAUGACCCCGUCCGCACAGAUAUUAAUCAAUGUUUACAAGGCACUGACUGCUUUAUUCCUGUUGGAUUAGACACAAACACUCUAUAUUUACUCUUUUUAAUGAAUUUUAUGCAGAUUCAUUAAUCAUGAUUACAGUCCUGCUGUUGCUCUACUGAGGAGAGACACAAGGGGGCAGUGUUGUGUAAGGAAAGAGGUUGUGGGCGCUGUGCAACGUUAGCUUUACUGUCUUAUUUUGUAACCAUGGCUGUGUUGUAUUUGACUGUAGCCUUUAUAUAAUAAAGUUUCACUAUAUUAAUGUCUUA